AUGGCGGAGGCCAUGUGCACAAGUGCGAGGCCAGAUGGAUUAACAGCAUUUUCCCCGCAAAACAGAAGCAGCCACCGGAAAUUAACCUGCGAAAACCUACCCUCCAAACGUGCUGGGGAGCUGGUCUCCCACGUAAGACACAGCAUCCUCCCCCUGGAUUGCCAUACAGCACCUCCCGAUCAGCCGCAAUGGAACUGCGACGCAUACAGACAGACAACUUUCAGCGGGAGCACGCUAAGCCCACAGAGGGCAUCGGCUAAGCUGAGACUCAAGAGGACACUUUGCCUAUAUGCCCCACUGAUCCAAAUCUACCUAGUAUGUGUAUCGCAAAGCCGCGAUCUAAGCUUUUAUGAUAAGCCAACCUCAUUGAUCAUACCCUUGCUUAACUAUAGGGGCCUAUGGGGCGAAUUUAUGUCCCACAGUUAAGGCAGCUACCCAGCUUAUUACAAGCAGCAUGCAUUGCCCACUUAUAUCUCUCUAAGAUGGAAUGUUUAAACUACCCUAUCUUAGUCUGUUACUCGCUUUUCUAUCUACCCACAGUACCUAAUAAGCAAGAGUUACUCAAUAAUGCCUAAAGUUAGCUUGUAUAAAACAUAAAAUUGUGCAUGUGUUCAGAUUACCCCAAACGUGAAACUUGCUAAUAUGUCUGAGGAUUGCCUUUGGGGCACCUCAAACUUGUAUGUAUUAUUAUAAUGCGAGGCAAACCCCCCCCCCAAAAAAAAACCAUUAAGAGAGUAAAGAAAAUAAUAAUUAACUUAAUAAAGUGUUAACAAAUUGAUUUGUCUAUUUCAAAAUCGGCCUGUAAACAUUAUUUACAUAUAUCUGCAUAUAGUGUGCAUAUAGUAUGCUCAGGCUCUUAGUAAGUAAGAGGGCCUGUCCCUUACUGCAUUGAGAAAGCUAGCUUUAACCCCACAGUACAAAGCAAAAAUGACGACAUCUUGUGACACUGACUAUGGAGUAUGGAGCACAUGGAAAUGUAUGGAGAUGGUGCAACCCAUCCAAGGACAUUCCUAUUGUCUAUUGAGCGGCAUUAUUGCAGAGAACCAACUAUGAAUAAAGUGAGAGAGUACUCCUUGAGACAAAUUCCAAAUGCUAAGUUCCAACCUCUAACUAUUCCACUUUUUUAGUUAAUAAAAGAUGUUUUAAUUAAAUGUCAGAUCUUUUCGUGUCUCCUCACUUUCCUCCUCCAAAGUCAGCAUGUAACCAGUCAAGGUGUCCAAACUCAGAUUCACCAUUUUGGGCCUAGGUGUCUGCAAAAUAAAACCAAUAUCAUGGCUACCUCCAAUUGAUCACAACCAGGAAUUACAUAAUUUCAGUAAUUGUAAUCAAGGAACCUUCUAUCUCAGUGAAGGAAGUCACCAGAGGUAUCUUCACAGUCCAAAGAGAUACACCUUUUUGCUUAUGUGAUAACUGGUAGAAAAGUGACCGAAACAUUGCUUUAUUAACUGAUUCAGUAAUGUCUGCUUAUGGGAAGACCUCUGUGUACCCAUACCUUAACUAACAGGAUGUAUGUGAGUAUCUCACCACAGUACUCAAUGGUAUGGGAUAUCACUACUAUAGCAGUGAUUGAAGAUACUAAAUCAUGCUCAAUUGCAUCUGAAUACAUGUAACCAGGACUGCCUUUGGAAAAUGUCUGGGCUCCUGGGACCAGAGUCUGCCCACAGAGCACAAUCUGAGUUUACCCUCAAGGAUGCAGUGUGUGUAGAGUGGAUGCAGUCAGGGCCGGACUGGGAAUUAAAAGUAGCCCUGGAAAAAAAAAUAUUUACCAGCCCCAUAAUGCGUCGCGCCAGCAUAGUGUGCAGAUACAGAGUUAGAACAGAUAACUUAAAAUAAAAAGUACUUCAACAUAAAAAGCGCACUCAUAGGCUUCAAAAUAAACAAAAGUGCAGAUUUAUUUUAAGCAGACGUGCCUUUGCAUGUAAUCAAUGUUUCAGUCCAACCACCUUGACAUAUUAAGGAAAGCUUGUUAAUGGGACUGAAAUGGUGAAUGUAUGUAGGGCACAACUGUAAAAAAAAAUUAUUUUGAAGUCCUGUGGGUGUGCUCUUCACUUUAAAUAUGUUAUUGUGCUGGAGUACACACCUAGCAACAAGACUGGGCCAAUAUCUGCUCAUUAGAUAUGGUACAUAUUAAUGAAAUUUCUCUGUGUAUUAUGCAUAUAUAAAUGUACAUUAAUAUGUGUAAAUAUAAUAGAUAGAUAAAUAUAUAUAUAUAACUAAUAUACACAUUAAUAUACAUGUCAUAUACCAGUGACGGAUCCAGAGCCUGAGCCCGGGAGGGGCACUUGUAGAUUAUUUAAAGAAAUAUUCCAUGCACAAUAACCACUACUCCUCUGUGUAGUGGUUAUGGUGCCAGGAGUGUCAGCACCCCCUCCCAGAGUAAGUAGUCAAACCGUUUAAGAACAGUUUGACAACUUACCUGGAGUCUGCUGGGAUAUGGGAGUGUAGUAGGGUAUAGGAGCAGUGGUGCAAUGUGUGAGGGGUGCAAUAUGUGUGAAAGGUUCAGUGUGUGGGGGACAGUGUGUGAAUGUGUGUGUGUGUGGGGGCAGUGUGUGAAUAUGUAUGGUGUGUGUGUGGGCAGUGUGUAUGGGGCUAGAGUUCAAUCCUACUACUGCGACCACCAGGAAGUGGUGAGAGUGAACUCUAGCCCGUAGCUCCAGGGCUAGAGUUCACCUCGUGAGAGCCGGAGCGUUGCCCCGGGUCCUCUCUUUCUCCCCCUCUGCUCUUCUGUGUCAAAGUCUCCCCUCUCCUUCCCAGUCUCUCUCUUCCCCCUCUGCCUCUUUCUUCCCCUCCCCUUGUGUGUUUCUCUUCCCCCUCUGCCUCUUUCACCCCCUUUCCCUGUGUCUCUCCCUCCUCCACAUCUCUCUCCUUCCCCCCUUUCCCUGUAUCUCUCCCUCCAACCCAUCUCCCCCCUUUCCCUGUGUCUCUCCCCUUUCCCCAUCUCUCUCUCCCUCCAACCCAUCUCUCCCCCCUUUCCUGUGUCUCUACCCUCUCUGAUUUCUCUCCCUCCCCCUCCACCAUCUCUCUAUUCCCCUCACUAUCUCUCCCCCUUUCUCUGUGUCUUCCCUCUCCCCAUCUCUCUCCCUCCCCCCUCCACUAUCUCUAUAUUCCCUCACCAUCUCCCCAUCUCUCCCCUUCCCCUGUGUCUCUCCUCUCCUUCCCUGUGUCUCUCCCCUCUCCUCCCCAUCUCUCUAUUCCCCUCACCAUCUCUGCCCCCCUUCUCUGUCUCUCCUCUCUCCCCAUCUCUCCCCUGCCCCUUUCCCUGUGUCUCUCCCUCUCCCUCCCCUCCAUCAUCUCUCUCUCCCCCCCUCAUCCCUGCCCCCCUUUCUCUGUGUCUCUCCCUCCCCCUUUCCUGUGUCUCUCCCUUCUCUCUCCCUCCCUCCUUUCCCUGUGUCUCUCCCCUUCUCUCCCCCUUUCCCUGUGUCUCUCCCCUCUCCUCCCUCCCCCUUUCCCUGUGUCUCUCCCCUCCUUCACCAUCUCUCCCUUCCCUCCCUUCCUUUCCCUGUGUCUCUCCUCUCUCUCCCUCCUUUCCCUGUCCUCCAUGUCUCCCCAUCUCCCUCCCUCCUCCUCCAUCAUCUCUCUGUUCCUUACCAUCUCUGCCCCCCUUUCUCUGUGUCUCUCCCGUCCCCUUCUCCUGUGUCUCUCCCCUCUCCCCAUCUCUCCUGUGUCUCCCUCUCCCCAUGUCUCUCCCCUCUCCCUCCUCCCCUCCACCAUCCUCUCUAUUCCCUCCCCCCCCCCCCUUUCUCUGUGUGUCUCCCCAUCCCCCCAUUUACCUUAGAGAAGGCAGGGGGCCGGCCGCGUUCCAGGCCGAAGCCGCCGGGCCGGGUGGCAGCUUCGCCGGUCCGGCGGCACUGGUGUCUGAAGGAGGAGGAAACGGUCUACCAUGCUCCCUCGCGGUUCCCACAAUUCCCAGCACAGGAACCGCGAGGGAGCAUGAUAGACAUGCUCCUCCUCCUUCAGCCAUCAGCCACAGCAGUGCCUGGAACGCGGCCGGCCCCCUCAGAGUGCCACCGGACCGGCCACCCGGUGGCACCGGCCACCUGGUGGGCCAGUCCGGCCCUGGAUGCAGUGUGUGUUUAUUAAAAGCAGUGUGUAUAUGGUGGUUGCAGUGUUUGUGUGUAGUGGAUGUAAAGUUUGUGUGUGUAGUGACUACAGCGUGUGUGUGUGUGUAGUGGAUUCAAAUGGUAAUUGUAUAGUGGAUGCAGUUGUGUAGUGGAUGCAGUGUGUACAUAGUGGUUGCAGUGUCUGUGGAUGUAGUGUGUGUGUUGUGGAUACACUGUGUGUAGUGGAUACAGUGAAUGUGUAAAUAUGUGGGGUAGGAUAGUGGUUGCAUUCUGUGGGCAAAUGGUAAAAAAACAUUUUUUUUAAUUUAAAAAAUAAAAAAUUUACAUUUUAUUCUCCCUUGCCUGCUUGUUACCUGUGGCUGGGGUGACAUUACACUCCCUGGUGGUCCUGCAUUGGGCAGGCUGCAAGCUGUAUAUAAGCUGUAUAUAUAGUGAAGAGGGGGCCCAACACAUGUGGUCUACAGCUUCCGGCAGCUCUUCUCUCCCUGUUUCUUGAGCCUGGCCUGCCUGCCAUUUAUUAUUAUAUUAUUUAUAUAGCGCCAUCAGAUUCUGUAGCGCUGUACAAUGGGUACCAUGCGGAUUAUUGCCAUGGUAACUCAUGGCAACACCCUCUUCACUAUAUAUGAGACAGUGGAUUACAAGAUGAGAGGGAUUAGAGGAAAGUUUCCCUGCUGUCCAUGCCACCAAGGACCGCCGGGCCUGUGACAGCCAUCAUGGUUGUCACGCUAUAAUGGUGGCCCUGCAUGUAGCUAUGCAACAGCUCAAUCAUCUUGUUAUGGUGCCAAUAUUCCCAUUAUGCACAUUAUUAUUACUGAUGUUUAUGACAGUACAUUAAUGGAAAAUAGACAAUACAGUAUAAACUAUCCAAAACAAAAGGAAUAGCGGACCCUGCCAUGAGAGGAGAUCUCGCAUUUACAGCCCUUUUAUAUAAAGUACUAAGCUAGAUGGCUUGUGCUUGCACACGUGCACAUAAGACAUCUUCCUUUCAUUACAUCACUGGCACGCAUACACGUUCACAGUAUGACAGCCUCGACUAUAAUGUACUGUAGAACUGAUCAAAACACAGAGAUAUAUUUUACAGAAAUAAACAAAUAGACAUAUAUAUAAAAUAAAUAAAUAGCGCACUUUAUGGUCAUUCUUUAGAUAUUACAUUGUGCAGAAUUUUAAAAUGACAAUAUCUAUCUAUCUAUCUAUCUACCAAUCCUUCCCCUAUCUAUCUAUCUCUCUAUCCUUCCACUAUCUAUCUAUCUGUCAUUCCACUAUCUAUCUUUCUAUCUAUCUAUCUAUCUAUCCUUCCGCUAUUUAUUUAUCUAUCUAUCGAUCUAUCUCUCAAUCCUUCCACUAUCUAUCUCUCGAUCCUUCCACUAUCUAUCUAUCAUUCCACUAUCUAUCAAUCUAUCCUUCCGCUAUCCAUUUAUCUAUCUAUCUAUCCAUCCUUCCACUAUCUAUCUAUCUAUCUAUCUAUCUCUCUUUAUAUCUAUCCUUCCACUAUCCAUCCUUCCACUAUCUAUUUAUCUAUCUAUCAUCUAUCUAUCUCUCUAUCUAUCCACCUUCCACUAUCUAUCAAUCAAUCUAUCUAUCUAUCUAUCUAUCUAUCUAUCGAUCCUUCCACUGUCUGUCUGUCUAUCUGUCUGUCUGUCUGUCUGUCAAUCUAUGCUAUUCAUAUGCUAUUUAAAUUGCCAUUGGUGGUCCAAGAUGGUCCCAGCUAAAGCAGUAUUCCUCUGCUUGUAGUUUACGUACCAUGCUUUAAGGGGACACCAGAUGUGUUCAGGGAAGCCAUUAAUGGUAUUUAGUUAUAAAAUACUUUAUAAGAGGUUAUUAUUGGAGAGGAAGUUAAGACCAAUGGUUCAGAUGGAGAAGGAUGAUAAAACAGUGAAUUAGAGGCCUCAAUAAUCUAAAUCACUGUAUCAAUAGGAAGCGUAUUGUCAAAGUCAUGACAGUCAAAAACAGUCUCUUAGAGAGUCACAUCCACUUCCAUUAUGACAAAGAUACCAUGUCUCAGCGUGUUCUAGCUCUCAGGUCCCUCCAACACCCCGCAGUACUGGGCUGCCAUAAUUCCCAUAUUCAUUAACACUUUGUAGAGGAAGCUAAAUAUAACAGGAAACCCAAUCUUCCUGAUGGGGGGGGGGGGAGAGGAUAUCAUGUCACUAGAUUUGUGGCAGAGGGGACAGCAGGAGACACUGAGAGGUGUCCUGAGUGAUGGACAGAUCGAAAGGAAGCGACAUGUGAACAAAGGUAAAAUAGAAAGAGGGGGAGCAGUUAAAGAGUUAAGACAGGAGUAUGAGGUGGGCAUUAUAAUUGUAGCAAACAGAGGUGAAGGGUUAGAGGGAAAGGAGAGGAGAUAGAUAGAUAGAUAGAUAGAUAGAUAGAUAGAUAGACAUACAAAUAGAUAGACAGAGACAUAAAGCUAUAGAGAGAGAGAGGGAGAGAGGUAGAUAGAUAGAUAGAUAGAUAGACAGACACACAUAAAGAGAGAUAGAUAGAUAGAUAGAUAGACAUAAAGAGAGAUAGAUAGAUAGAUAGAUAGAUAGAUAGAUAGAUAGACAAAUAGAUAGACAGACAUAAAGAUAGAGAGAGAGAGAGAGAGAGAGAGAGAGAGGGGGGGUAGAUAGAUAGAUAGAUAGAUAGAUAGAAAGACAGACAGACAUAAAGAGAGAUAGAUAGAUAGACAUAAAGAGAGAUAGAUAGAUAGAUAGAUAGAUAGAUAGAUAGACAGACAGAUAGAGAGAUAGAUAGAUAGAUAGAUAGAUAGAUAGAUAGACAGACAGACACAUAGAUAGAUAGAUAGAUAGAUAGAUAGAUAGGUAGAUAGAUAUUUUCUGUUUUUUUGUAUUGAUUUUAAUUAGAGUUAAAAACACAGAGGUUUUAGAACUGUAAAGAAAUGAUAAGUAUGAUAAAUAUAAAUUAUAUUAUAGUGGUCCAGUGCUUCUUAAGUUUUUUUUUUUUUUUUUUUAAAUCUGUGUUUAUUAGAUAGAGUAAUGGUAGUACAGCUUAUUCGAUUCAGUGUUCAGCAGAUUGAGGUCACGUACGACCUGUGUGUAUCUGCUACAAUAUGUGCAAAUAUGUAACAAGCAUAACAUUCGUUCCUAAGAACAACUCCGUCGCUGCCUUACAUUACUGCAAUCUAGACAACCAACGCUCAGUUUAUAUAACUUGUACAUAGUUCUUAUCGUUACCCCUCAGGGUGCAUUUAUACUACGUGAUUGGUCAGCCACGAGCUCUCCCUAGUGUUUUUGUGGGUGUUCGUGGUGGAUAUGGGAACCUAUGAAGGUUGACGUCGUAUGCGGUGUGUUUUUGGUAGCUAUGCGUCGUGUCAGUUACCUACGGACUCGCUAAUCUUAUGUUUUGGUAGAGUGCCUGUGAUAGGGAAUCAUAGUGCUUCUUAAGUUGAACCCUUAUAAAAUAAUGAAUACAAUAUGUCUAUAAGGUAAAUGGUGGUCAUAGAAUCUAAUACAAAAUGCAUGAAUGGCAAACUCAUGGUAACUGAAAGUAAGUGUUUCAUUUGUUAGUGUUUUAUGUGGAAAAAGGUGAAUUCUAUUCAUCUUUAAAUGUUUACAUUAUUUGACAUAUCUUCAUUGUCUAUCUAUCUAUCUAUCUAUCUAUUUACCUGUCUAUUAGUAAUUACCCAUCUAGGGCACAGGGGAGAGCAGUGUUGAAAGUGAGUGAUACACAGUGACAGUGUAUAUAGGAGAGAGCAAUGGAACGCAGUGUUAGAGAUGGAGAGGGGCUUACAGUUCAAUAUUCAGAUCAUAUGUGAUAAACAGUGUUAUUGUAGAGAAGAUAUUAUAAUGGUGAAAGGAGUAAGAUCUCUCAUGUAAAUAUCGGAGAAUACAAUGGGUAUAGAGUGCAGAGAGAUUUGUGAUCACAUUGAGUGUGAGAGAGACAGCUCAGGGGGAGUGAGUGAGCAAGGGAACCGAGCAGGGAUAUUAGAAAGGAGGGAACUCAGAGACAGGCUCAGAAGCUGAUGAGAAGGAGAGAGGCGGAGGAAGAAACUUCCCAUGGAAGCCCGGAGAGCCAGGGAGCAUCUGCACAGACACAGCUUCACUCCGGGGACCCACAGAACAGAGAAACUGGAGCCGGCAGAGACCUGAGGAAGAGCGGAUUCUCCGAACCGCACUUACCUAACACAGGGAGCAUCCACUAUACAGUGUGUACUGCUAUUCAACUGCCGGGAUUCAUCUACCGAGAGAGUGACUUACUAACCCCCAGUAUACAGAGAGAGGGACCUACUGAUCCUCAAUAUAUAGAGAGAGACCCACUGACCCCCAAUAUAAAGAGGCCCACCAGCCCCAAUAUAAAGAGACAUACUGACCCAAUAUACAGAGAGAGACUCACUGACCCCAAUAUAAAGAGACUCACUGACCCCAAUAUAUAGAGAGAGACCCACUGACCCCCAAUAUAUAGAGAGAGACCCACCGGCCCCCAAUAUACAGAGAGAGACACAGUGGCCGAAUAUACAGAGAGAAACCCAUUGACCCAAUAUACAGAGAGAGACCCACUGACCCAAUAUACAGAGAGAGACCCACUGACCCCCGAUAUAAAGAGACCCACUGACUCAAUAUACAGAGAGAGACCCAUUGACCCAAUAUACAGAGAGAGACCCACUGACCCAAUAUACAGAGAGAGACCCACUGACCCCCGAUAUAAAGAGACCCACUGACUCAAUAUACAGAGAGAGACCCAUUGACCCAAUAUACAGAGAGAGACCCACUGACCCAAUAUACAGAGAGAGACCCACUGACCCCCGAUAUAAAGAGACCCACUGACUCAAUAUACAGAGAGAGACCCAUUGACCCCAAUAUAAAGAGACUCACUGACCCCAAUAUACAGAUAGAGAGAGACCUACUGACUCCCAAGACCCACUUACUCCCAACAUACAGAGAGAAAGACCAACUGACCCUCAAUCUACAGAGAGACCUACUGACCCCCAGAGUACAGAGAGAGAUCAUAGACCCCCAACAUACAGAUAGGAACCCACUGUACUCCCACUAUACAAAGAGACACCUACUUCCCCCAAUAUACAGAGACCCACAGAUUUCACAUAUACAGAGAAGCUACAGACCGCUUUUAUACAGAGACCUAAACUUAUAGAGGGCAAACUGCAAUACAUAAUUAUAAUGAUCAAAGAGACAUCCCAAUUUACACUCCAGACACAAUGUAUAUAGACCACACUGCAAACUGGAGACACCUAAUACACUGAGACACAUCCCCUCCUAAACUGCAGAUGCCUAAUAUGCAGAGCUAUCCACAAUGAAAGACAUCCCAUGCACUUACACUGUAGAUAUUAUUAUACACAGACACCCCUUAUUAUACGUCAAAUUUGUAAUAUAAGAGACACUGCUAGUACUCUUAGAUGUCUAACAUAAAGACAUAAAUCCACAAUUAGUCUUCAAACAUGGAUUUACAGACAAUCCAGUAAAUGAGACGGUAAAGAGAAUAUUCAUGCGAACUCAGAACAAAGUUUAAUAGACACAGUCUAUAGAUCCUCAUACAUAGUUUGAUGCUUACAAAUCUUUACACAGAGAGCUCAGUUCAUUCUGCUCUGACAUUACCCGUUCCAUGUACACACACUGAGUUCUCCACACAUACAUCACAUUGAGCGCUUACACUGAGUUUCCCCUCAUUCCACAUUACCCCCAUACAGACAUGUUCAUUUAAGAACUUUCCCAAUUCCUUAUACGGAAUUAUAUACUGCACAGAUCCACUCACACUGCACAGACCCAGUUACACUGCACAGACCCACUCUUACUGCACAGACCCACUUACACUGCACAGACCCACUCACACUGCACAGAUCCCACUCACACUGCACAUAUCCACUCACACUGAACAGACCCACUUACACUGCACAGACCCACUCUUACUGCACAGAUCCACUCACACUGCACAGACCCAGUUACACUGCACAGACCCACUCUUACUGCACAGACCCACUUACACUGCACAGACCCACUCACACUGCACAGAUCCCACUCACACUGCACAUAUCCACUCACACUGAACAGACCCACUUACACUGCACAGACCCACUCUUACUGCACAGAUCCACUCACACUGCACAGACCCACUCACACUGCACAGAUCCCACUCACACUGCACAUGCCCCACUCACAGUGCGCAUACCCCACUCACAGUGCACUCUCUACUCACACAGACCCCACUCACACUGCACAGAACCCACUAAAAGUGCACAGACCCUACUAGCAGUGCACUGACUCUACUCACACUGUACAGACCCCACUCCUACUGUUCCGUCCUCACUCACACUCCACAGACCACUCGUACAUAGUCCCCACUCACACUGUACCGACUUAUUGCAUAAGAGCCAGAGAGAUAAACUGACACCACGAACCCCAGUUAUAGAGCACAAAGGGCUCUCUGUAUCAGACAAGCCUUUAUUAGAGCCCCCUCCUCCUUAUUAGACUCCUUAAUGAGACAGGGAGCCCCCUUCUCCACUCAGCCUCUCACUCUCUCUACGGAUCACAGCCAGCAGGACCCGCAUUCAGCACCGCGGACAGCGACAGCCAGGUGAGAGGGAGGGACUGACAGAGACUGGUAACGAGACAGUACAGAGGGCAGGGGGAGCGUGAUUUGGUUAUUACAGGGCAUGGGGGAGAGAGGGAGGGACAGGGUUACAGGACAAGGGGGUGAGUGGGAACUAGGGGGAUCCCGAGCAGGGAGGAGAGAGGGAGAGAGUGGCUUACUGGGAAGGCUCAGAGAGGAACGGUUGUGUUUUAGGGAAGAAGGGGAGAGAGAGGUAUGAAGUUACAGUUCAGAGGGCAGAAAGAGGGAUGGGUUAGAGGGCAGCCAGAAAAAAAGAGGGGUAGCUGGGGUUAUAGGGCAGACAGGAGAGAGGGGUAGUUGGGGUUAGAGGGCAGACAGGAGAGAGAGGGGGUUAUAGGCAGACGGGAAAGAGGGGUAGAUGGGGUUAUAGGGCAGACAGGUGAGAGGGGGAGUUGGGGUUAUAUGGCAGACAGGAGAGAGGAGAUGGGGUUAUAGGGCAGACAGGAGAGAGGAGAUGGGGUUAUAAGGGCAGACAGGAGAGAGGGAGAGUUGGGUUAUAAGGCAGACGGGAAAGAAGAGGGGUUAUAGAUGGGGUUAUAGGGCAGACAAGAGAGAGGGGGAGAUGGGGUUAUAGGGCAGGCAGGAGAGAGGGGGAGAUGGGGUUAUAGGGCAGACAGGAUAGAGGGAGAGUUGGGGUUAUAAGGCAGACGGGAAAGAGGGGUAGAUGGGGUUAUAGGGCAGACAGGGGAGAGGGGUAGUUGGGGUUAUAUGCAGACAGGAGAGAGGGGAAAUGGGGUUAUAGGGCAGACAAGAUAGAGGGAGAGUUGGGGUUAUAAGGCAGACAGGAAAGAGGGGUAGAUGGGGUUAUAGGGCAGACAGGAGAGAGGGGUAGUUGGGGUUAUAUGGCACACAGGAGAGGGGUAGUUGGGGUUAUAUGGCAGACUGGAGAGAGGAGAUGGGGUUAUAGGGCAGACAGGAUAGAGGGAUAGUUGGGGUUAUAUGGCACACUGGAGAGAGGGGUAGUUGGGGUUAUAUGGCAGACUGGAGAGAGAGGGAGAUGGGGUUAUAGGGCAGACAAGAUAGAGGGAGAGUUGGGGUUAUAAGGCAGACUGGAGAGAGGGGGAGAUGGGGUUAGAGGGCAGACAGGAGAGAGGGGUAGUUGGGGUUAUAGGCAGACCGGAGAGAUGGGGAGAUGGGGUUAUAGGGCAGACAGGAGAGAGGGGGAGAUGGGACAGGAGAGAGAGGGGAGAUGGGGGUUAGAGGCUGACAGGAGAGAGGGGAGAUGGGGUUAUAGGGCAGACAGGAGAGAGGGGGAGAUGGGGUUAUAGGGCAGACAGGAGAGAGGGGGAGAUGGGGUUAGAGGGCAGGCAGGAGAGAGGGGGAGAUGGGGUUAGAGGGAAGGCAGGAGAGAGGGUGUUAUAGGGCAGUCAGAAGGGAUAAAUACAAUGAUAAUGACAGAGGCAUGAUAAGAGAAGAAAAGAGAAGAAGAAAUACAUAGAUAAUACACAAUUGGAUCAAUAACAAAGCAGGGGAUAGAAGGGAUGUGGGGAAAAAGGCCUGGAGAGAGCAAGCAUUGAGAGAGAUUUAAAGGUUAGAUAGGUGUCUGUGUGUAGUGGGGUUUUAUUACUAGAAAACGAAGAUAGGCAUUUAGAUGGGCACGUUCUGAUAAAACAAAGUAGCAAGAUGUAGUGCUGGUAACAGAGAGGAAGAAAUGCAGUGUGUAUUUCGGUUAUGCAUUAGAAACGCCUAAAUAAUUAUAUAUAGCUGUGAGCAAUUUUCAAAAGUUUAUGUUAUCUAUAGUAUGUGUCUGUCUCGCAAUUUAAUGUGAAAUAUAUAUAUAGUAUAGGUAUAUAUUUAUAUAUGUGUGUGUGUAUAUAAAUAUUGUGUAUGUUCCACAUAUUCUAUAUACAGCAUUCUUUUACAAAUGUGUGUUUUAUUGAUAUUUUCAUAUAUGUGACUGUAUUUUAUGUGUGCUUUUUCUAUUUUGCUUUAUGUAGUUGCUAUACGGGAAUAAUACGCGUGUGUGUGUGUAUAUAUAUAUAUAUAUAUAUAUAUAUAUAAAGAUAUGUAUAUUUGUGUGUUGGCGUGUGGCUGACGCUGGCAGAUGGAACAGACACAGGAAGAAUGAUAGUGUGUGUAAAUUCUUGUGAAUGGAUGUUGUUAUGUCAGGGAGCACAGGGAGGCAAGGGGAAGGAGACUGGCAGUCAGAUAGAACUGUCACCUAUUGCCUUAGAAUGUUAUCAUUCCCCACAUUCCAUUACCCAAGGUGUAACAACUGCCUUUCCAGUUCAAACCCACUCAAUAACACUCAUUACAAUGGGUCUUACCUGUAUUAUUGUGCAGCAUUGCUGGCGGAGGGAGUGAGGGCCUGGCUUUAUUUGUCAUGUUAUUGAACUUGCAGGGUGGCUGGGGAGGAGGGUUAGUUGUCAAUAUAUACCGAAACCAAUCUUAGGGUAGGUAGAUAUGUGCACUGACCAUGUAUAUGAAAAGCACUAGGAGGGCACUGGGAUACAUAAAUAAAGAAACUGGCUAUACAGAAUUAGAAGAGAGUAAUGGUUACUCGUUUUAAUGAUUAAGUCUUAUAGGAAGACAAAAGGCUACAGGCUAGCUGGGCAUGAUGGGGAGUGCAGUUCAUAGACAUCUGGUUGAUUAAGGUUUAAAAUAGUCCCUCAGUGCUAAAAAACUAAAGGGGAAAAACCCUCCUGUCAUACUAUCCCAUUUUGUAUUAUGUAUAAACCAUCAUCUAUACUGAAAACAAAACCCCUACCUUUAUACAUCAUAUUCUCUAAAUCAGAUAAAUGUACACCCUUAGUUACUGUCGUGGCAAACACCUUGAUCUAUAAUAGUAAAAUCCAUUUCAUGCUUUGUUACAACAUCGAUGUAUCUAGCUUAGAUUACCUAUUAAUUAAAAGGCUCAUCUUUAGAAUGUCCUGCUUUAUUUAUCCAUUUACUGGCUAUUCCUGGGAAUUGGAGAGAGCUGACAAAGGGUUAAAAUCUUGUGGGUUUAUUCAGUAAGUACCGUCUUUUAGUGAACUUCAAGGUAAAGCUGCCAGUCUGUAACUAUAGUUGAGGUGGGGAAUUUUUCCAGAUCAGUAAUUUUUUUGCCAACAUUCUGCCAAUAUGAUUUUAAUUAACUACAAUUUGGAGUAUUUUGAAUAAACCUACUAGAUAUCAGUUCGAUAUGAAUCACUGUUUAGUAAAUAAAUUCCAUCCCAACUCAAGCUAUUUGUUCAGUCUGACCAUUUUGGCCUCAAAUUUGUAGUUCCCUUGCCAUUUCUCCAUUAUUUCCAUUUUAGUAAUUCAAUCUAAUAUAGUCUCUUUACUGGUGAAGAAAUGACUCUAUUAUGGAAACAUCAUGCUCUCUAUAUUAGACAAAUAAUUCUCACUUAUUUAAAAUAAUAACUCAUUCUUUUUAGAGGUUCUCCAAUAUGUCCUGUAUACGUAAUCUGAUAUUAUGAAAAAUGAUGCUGCUAUCUCAUUCGGAGUUAAUCACUCUGAAUUGCUGGGAUUUCAACUUUCAUUUUAUUGUAUUUAUUUAUUUAAUUAAUUAAUUUUAGACCAAAAUAACUAAACUGAAAAUAUAACUAAACAUUUCCAGUCUGGAAAAGUUAAUCUGAAUUUAAAAUUCAAUUUUACUUUGAAUUCAGCUUGACAUACAAACAAUUCACACUUUAUUGAAAAUCCUUGAGAAGUAUAUUCAAAUGUCACUCUCUUUGUUACAAUAUGAUGAAUUAGUGUUACUAAACAACAGUGCAUAGUAAAAGAACAAUUCUGGGGUAAAGUUCGAAAAGUGAUACUGUCACCAUGGAAACCGAAAGAAUGUUCCUGUUCACUGUUUCACUUUAAGAACUUUGUCCCACCAUUGACCACCCUCUAUGUGUAACAGCCUAUGUUUCUAUACCAGAGUGAUCAUGUUACAGUAGAGCCAGUGGUUAGACUGAUGUAUAACAUAGCUAUAUAUAUAUAUAAGUGUUGAAAUUGUAAGAUUUGGUUUUUAGUUCUAAUCUCCACUUAUAUAUGCUCCUCUGAGUUAUGCACAAUAUUGUCUAUUAGUUAUGUUACUGUGUGUACUAUGGUUUAAUGUGGGCCCCUAUAGACAGUAUGACCCCAACUUAAUCCACCCUAUAUCUCUAGAAUGAUUAAUUUACCUACCACUGCAUGGCUAUAAUUAUGUGACUUUCUAAUUUUUGGAUCAUGCACUGCUUCUAUUUCUCUUAUCACAGGUUUGCCCAAAAGUUAGACUCCCAGCUGUUACAAAGGUUCAGCUCCCAUGAUGCUCUAGCAUCAUCAAGGCUGGCCAAGUAUUCUUGGAGUUGGAGUUCUGCAAUAGCUGGGGACCCGUUUGUGUUUUUUUUCUUUAUUCCUGCUCUAGAUAGGUCUAGAUCAGAUGUACCAUAUUGUAUGUGCUACAAUUUAUUUUUUUGUAACAGACAAGUUGCGUGUCUCUCCAUUCUAUCUAUUAUAAAUACAUCAUAUUGGCAUCUCAUAUGUUUCUGAACCACAAUUCCCAUCAUGCUUAGUUAGUCAUAAAUAUAGGCUUUUCGGAUACAUUAUUUAUUGGAUGGAGAAGCUCUUUUUUAUUUAACAUUUUUGACAUUUGAGAAAUGGUUCCUUCUUAUCCCCAUUUGUCAUCGUCAUCAACCACAAUUGUUAUCAGGGUAGCAAUCUCUCUAUAUGGCUAAACUGAAUUAUAAAGUAAAUAUCCCAUUUCUACCUAUCUUAUUCCCUUGGAAUAUCACUUUUACUCUUUGUGUAUGAAAUAAAGCUGUAAUAACUAUAUAUAGUUAUAUAUUGAAGAAAAAAUAUUAGAAAACCACCUAUAUACAUUGGUAAGGCUUACAGCAAUUCCCCUUGCUUGUCUUUUCUUGUAUUAGAGAAGCGCAUGCAGUACCCCCUGCCCCCCCGCCUGUUGCUCUCAAGAUCUGGUUACCAUGGUUACUAUGUGAUUUCAAGCCCCCCUUCAGACAGUGAUCUGAGCCACGUGUGUUCAAUACAUAUAGACUUAGAUGUAAAUAAAUAUUUUAUAAUUGUAUGUACACACACACACAUAUACUCAUCUAUAUAUAUAUAUAUAUAUAUACAUAUAUAUAUAUAUAUAUAUAUAAAUGAUAUAUCUAUCUAUCUAUCUAUCAUGAAUAUUCAUGGGCUAUCUGCUAAAUUGUCAUCCGGCAGUGUUGGCACCCAAGAUUAGAAGAAUAGUUUUGGUAGAUGUAAUCAAAAUGGACACAGUAAAUGGAACCUUUUUUUUCUUGUCCAAUGUACGGUAGUUGAUGUAGUGGUUAUUAUAGAACAGACGGCCAUAAUAGAAACAAAUUCCUCAUAUUCUGAGACACACAAAGUCCUUACAGUGUUUAGUCUCCUGGACCCCCAAUAGAUGCAGAACAAAGAGAAUGGCCAAACCACUGACACUCUAUGGGACCCUCAAAAAUACCGAAGCACCCUACCUCCUGCCAAAUAAUAUUAAACAUGUAUGAGAGCAUGGUGAGAGCAAUUUCCCCUUAUCUGUCUAUUUCAAAUGAUCUCCAUGAACCUUUUUUAUGACCCAUAAAAUAAAAAUGAAAAAUAUCACAUUUUGUAAAAUGCAUAGUUUUUGUUUGUUUUUAAAGUCUGUAGAAAAGAAAAAUGCUACUUUUUAGUGAUGAUCAGCUCAGCUCCUCUUAAGAUAAUGAUCUGAAAUUCCAAAACGUCUCUCUGAUAUCAUAUGUAUAGAAAACAUGAAAAGGUAAUGGAACCUCUCUCCAAAACAUGCCAUGUUACACUUAUAGACUUUAAGGAGUCAGUAUGAAGUGAUAACCACUAUUUAGGCUUUCAUUGGGUACUUUUUUAAGUACAGCUGCAGAUCUACUUGUCUGCAGAUUUGAAAGCCCUCCCCUUCUUCCCCAUCACAGACCUUUUGUCUCUGUCCAGUCCCGAAGUUCCCAAUGCAGAUCCUUGAAGAGUCUCUGAAAAGCAGGUGCUGUGGGCAAUUGCCACCUCUUGAGUUUAGCUCCACUGAGUUAAACAACUAGAAAGUACCAGUUCCGGUUGUUUGAUUAAUAGCCAGGGGGGUGUAUCAAGGUAAAUUUUUCAUUCUCUGUAAAAAAUGAAAAAGAGGACACACUCUUCACGCAGCAAGCUGAAGUGCUUUAGUGUGGAGUGUCCCUUUAAGAUCACAUUUUCUUAUAUGUUCCUUGAUAAGGUAUGCUAUGGUGGUCCUAGUCCCCUAUCAGUCCUAUUGUGGAGGGAGCAGAGAUGAAAUAGGGGCAUGCCAAUGGCACAACACAUGUCACUCAUAAUCUGCAUUGGCCAUAUAUAUAUAUCAGCCCUACAAGAUGACAGCCUUAAAGCUAAGCAAUAUUUACAAAGACAUAUCUGCAAUGACUAUAUCAAUGUUACAGACACUCAAGGUUUAAUGACUAAACUGUGGUCAUUGAUGAAAUCAAAAUUAAUUCUGAUACAUUUGGAGCAAAAUAGUCAGGUUGACAUUACAUUGGAGUUGGAGAUUUUCUUGCAGCUUGUCUCUCUUGACCAAAAUCUUUUAAAUUGAUUUUUUAUUUCAUCCCAAUUCACUGUUUAGUGAAAUAACCCAUUGAGCACAUACAGUCUAUAGCAUUAGCAGGGGUUUGGUCAAAUACAACCCUUGCUACACUCAAUAGCUAUUUUAUUUCCUGAAGAACACCGCAGCUUUCAGUUGAGCAAAUUCCACAAUUGUUUUGCUGAAAAUAAAAUGUUUCCAACUGCUCCUUAUUUGAAAAGAAUUGCUUUCAAUGGGACACACUGAGACUUUCAUUUUAAAAUCUCAGCUCUCUACGAACUGAAGAGAACAGACGUGUAAACAACCUAUUUUAAAGGAAAGAUGAUUUUAUAUUUAAAGUGUACCUCUCACAGUAUUCUUAGUGUACCUGUACACUUAAUAAAUAAAAUAAAAACACAUACAAUUUAAUCCAUAGAUUGUGCUAGUAGAAUCCCCUGAAACAUACAGACUUUAAGUAAAAUAAAUAAAAAAAAUAUAGUCCCUUUCCUCUCCUGUCAAUCAAUUCUCUUUUAUGCUCUGUAGUUGCUGUGAUGUUCCUCGGGCAAGCUUUGCUCUUUGUAGAGGAAUAUAUGAAUGAAAUGACAGAUGUCACUCCAUUCUGACGCCGAUGUGCUGCCAAUGAAGUCAGUGUGUCGCAGUGAGAAGCAGGGCUAAUCCUGGCAGAGGGUAGCAAGGCAAAAGGCGUUACAAUUGUGCUACAUCCAGAAUUCUGAGAUUAUAACAUUGCAGGCAGCGAUGGAGAGGUGAUGAGUACUCACAUGACCAAAAAAGUUAAUAAUUUAUCUUUAUUAUAAAUAAUAUAUUUAUUGCAUAAGUAGAUGCUAUGGCUUAACGUGAACCUGCUGUGACAGGUUCCCUUUAAUUUUAUGUAUUUUCCAUGGUUCGCAGAUAUUGGUUCUGAGGGUAACACAAUCAAGUCACUAGCUUCAGUUGGUUUCACGGUAUCUGCAUACAAGCCUCUUUGAAUGACUUCCGUGCCUUUAGCAUAAAUCAAUGCUGAACAAUGCACUCUAGGGAAGGUAGUCUGACUACAUUAUAAAUAGAUUAAUAUAAAUAACAACAACACAGAAAACAUACAUAGUGGACAAAGGCCAACAUCUUUUUAUCUUUACAUACCUACAUAUCACUGGAUUUUGGCAAUUAAAUUAAACUUGGGCAGUAAAUUUAUUAUGAAAAUGGCCAGUCAGUCAUCUAAUGUGUAGUUUAAUGAAAAGAUUUUUGCCAUUGUGAUUUACUUUGAAAGGAUACUAUUGUGCCAGGAAAACAAAGUCAUUUUCCUGGCACUAGAGGUUCCUACAGUGCCCACCUCCCACACUUCCCGCCCCCCCCCCCAAAUUCAGCGCCAAUGUCCCUCAAUGCUUUCCUAUGCGGAUUCCGCUUGACGCUGGAAGUCCUCAUGCAUAGUGUGAGGACGUCCAGCAUCAAUUAGACGACCCAAAAUUGUCUAAGCACCUGGAAGUCCCUCUAGUGGCUCUCUGGUAAACAGCCACAAGAGGUGGAGUUAACCCUGAGAGGUUAUUAUUGCAGUUUCUCAAAAACUGCAAUAAUUACCACUGUGGGGUCAAUGGACAUGGGACAUUGCACCCAGACCACUUCAAUGAACUGGGUGCCUAUAGUGUCCCUUUAAAAACCCCAAUUGUUUUUCAACCUAGAAUGCAGGGACAAGGGUUCAAAAGCUUUACCUAAGAGUUCAAAAUCUUUACCUGGAAAAUAUAGACCUGUGAGCUUAACUUUUGUGGCUGGAAAAAUAUUUGAAGGGCUAUUAAGGGAUAAUUUUCAGGAAUUCAUUUGGAAGAACACCUUUCUUUUCUGAAAUAUAGGUCAUGUCAAAAUAAUUAAGUAGAAGUAUAAAUCAGGGUGUUGCAGUGAAUGUGAUCUACUUGGAUUUUGCCUAGGCAUUUGAGAAGGUUCCACAGAGUACGUUAGUACAGAGAGUUGUCAUUAAUGGUAAAUUUUCAAGCUGGACAAAAGUGGUAAGUGGUGUCCCUCAGGGUUCUGUUUUGGGACCACUUCUAUUUAACAUAUUUAUAAAUGAUCUUGAAAUGGGCAUUGAAAGCCAUGUUUCAGUGUUUGCAGAUGACACAAAACUCUGUAAUACAGUAUUACAAUGUGAGCAGGACAUUACUUUGCUGCUGAGGUAUUUGGAUAAAUUGGGGGACUGGGCACUAAAAUGGCAGAUGGAGUUUAACUUAUAUAAAUGCAAAGUUAUGCCCUUGAGAGUAAACAAUUACACCCUAAAUGGUAAUGAAUUAGGGAUAACUAUACACGAGAAGGAUUUGGGAAUUGUUAUAGACAACAAACUAGGCAAUAAUCUGCAAUGUCAAUCAGCAGUUGCUAAGGCCAGUAAGAUAUUGUCAAGUAUUAAAAGGGGCAUUAAUUCUCAGGAUGAAAAUACAAUUUUGCCUCUUCAUAUAUAAGUCGUAAUACCACACAUUGAAUAUGCUGUGCAAUUUUGGGCACCUGUUCUAAAGAAGGAUAUUAUGGCAUUAGAGAAUGCACAGAGGCCAGCUACAAAUUUAAUAAAAGGAAUGUAAUAUUUUAGUUAUGAAGAAAGGUUAACAAAUGUAAAUAUCUUUAGUUUCGAAAAAAUGGCACUUUAAAGAGGAUAUCAUAGCAUUAUACAAAUAUAUUCAGGGCCAAAACAAACCAUUGUCUGUAAAUCUAUUCAUAAACAGGACUAUACAUAGGACACAAGGUCACACAUUUACACUGGAAGAAAGAAGAUUUAGUCUAAAGUAAGGGAAUGGUAUAAAAAUAAUAAGGAUGUGGAAUUGUCUGUGAGAAGAGGUAGUUUUAUCAGUCUAUACCAGGCCUGCACAACAUAUGGUCUGUGGGCCUUGCGAAACAAUUUUAAGCGGACAGCGAAAAAAUGUUGAGUGCAUGGAGAAGAGAGAGCCCAGGAGAACCGGUCGGCAUGGAGGAGGGAGAGCUGGUCAGCAUGGAGGAGGGAGAACCCAGAAGAGCCGAUACUGACACGGAGGAGGGAGAGCCCAGCACAGUCUCCAGUCUGCAGCUCCACCGGGUGAAGAGCUGCAGACUGUGAAGUAGCUGUCAGGGAGCUGCAAGACCUCUACCACAUGAGAAUAAGCCCACUGGACCACCAGGGAGGGAGACCACUGGACCACUAGGGAAUGGAUUCUUGCAUUAAAAAAUAUAUAUAUAUAUUUUGUGGGGAUCGAUCGGGACUACUGCAGAGGUUAAGUAUUAGGGCUUCAGGGAGGGCACAAUUGUUAGGUAGCACGCCCUACAGGUGUUAAAACCCACCUUUUAUAGGAUGACAUAUCACACCUUAACGUCAUUAAGAAUUUAACAGGUUGCCUCCAAAGAGACAGUAAAAAGCACCAACUCACAGUUUUACUUUUGCCAUUCCUUUAUGUAACACCAUGUACAGUAUAAAUAUACUGCCUGUUAAAAAAAAAAAAAACAGUAUUGUCUUGUCCCACCACUUGUGUUUGGGUGCAGUGUGGGAAAAGCAGGACCAGGAGCCCUGUUACAGUAAGUAACUUACUUAUGUAUUGCAACUUGCAGGAUAGUUCCUAGAUAAUUAAAAAAACAACAACUUUGCAAUGCUCACUAGGAAACCCAGAGAACUGAGAAAGUACUGUCUUCGCUCACUUUCCUGUUGUAAUAAAAACCUGUGCGGUGAGAUUGUUAAAGGAACAAACAUGUAUUACUGACCCUAUUGUUUUAAAAACACUAUUUAGGCCCCCUGCUCACAGCCUUUAUAUAAUGGUAAAACUCCCCUUUAUAUCACCGCUGGCACUGGCCCCAACCUCGAUCUGCCUCCUUGACUGACAUAAUCAGAAUAACUGAUUUAAGCCAAUCCAAUGCUUUCCCAUAGGAAAGCAUUGGAUUGACUGAUAUUGUCAAUUCUGAUGAUCGCAGCCAAGAUAACAGAUUUAGGAAGAGGCCACCCUGGCCAAUCAGCAUCUCCUCAUAGAGAUGCAUCGAAUCAAUGCAUCUAUAUGGGAAAAGUUUGGCAUCUCCAUGCAGAGUGUGGAGAAGCUGAAUGUCAGUGCUGCACAGUCAGGAAGCACCUAUAGUGGCCGUCUGAGUGACCCUAGGCAGCAAUGUAAACACUGCCUUUUCUCUGAAAAGGUAAUGUUUACAUGAAAAUGCCUGCAGAUGACUAUAGUGUCCUUUUAAAUUAAUAUGUGGCAGGUUGUGCAUUCAAGUAUUUGUGUAGACAAGAUGCAGCCUCCCCCUGACUUGUAAUGGCUUGGGGACAUGUUAACAAUUGCAGGAACUCCUAUUGAAUAGCAGAUAUCUGUUCAAUAAUAGGUACUAUACUGGAUCAGGCGUGUUUAUGGGGAAAAAAGAAUGGUCCUUAUUCAUUGUCCAAUUCUAUGUACCAGAACACCCCCUCCUUACACACACUAUCUGUAUCAAAUUAGCAGACACUGACUGUUUGAAUAAUUUAUCUAAUCAGGUUGGUUUCUAAUGAAAUUGGUCUCUUUACCACAAUCAACAAAACUCACUUCUCUUUAGCAUAUUUAACCUUGUCGUUACCAAGUUCUUUAAAAAAAAUUAAAAAAUCCAUGUAUUAGAAAAAAGGUACAUACCCAGCACAUAAACGUAUGAUACAUAGUAGUUGUAUGUACGGAUUUUUAGUCUGAGACAUGUAACAAAAACACUAUUUUAAAUUUUUUAUUUUAUUUAUUAGCUAAUUUUAGAUUUAGAUCAUGCCCAUAGAAUGUAAGCUCAUUGAGCAGGGCCCUCCACCUCUCUGUUCCUGUAUGUCCAGUUGUCUGGUUACAAUUACAUAUCUGUUAGUCCCAGGGCCGGAUUAACAUAGGGGCUGAGUGAGCUGCAGCUGUAAUAGGCCCAUUGAUUAAAACAGAGUAUAAACAGAGAUUAUUCUGCAAUACCAGUGCCGGCCAGUAUGGGUCGCUGUUUGUGUGGAGAGAGGCAGAGAUAAGGAGUUACAGCAUCUACCUCCCUGCCUCUCACUACUCACUGAUCCGCGUGGGAGCAGCUCUGCACAGAGUCCAGACAGCAGCUCCAUCCUGCGAGACAUGGGGACCAUGAGAGACUUGGGGAUGCUGAGACAUUGGGACACUGGGCGACAUGGGGACACUGAGACACUAGGGGACACUGAGAGACAUGGAGACUCUGGGGGACACAGGGAGAUAUGGGGACACUGGUCAACUUUGAGACCUGGAAGACAUGGGGCCCUCCCAAUGUCCCCAUGUCUCCCAGCCAGUGUCCCUAGUAUCUCAGUAUCCCCAUGUCUCCCAGUGUCCCUGGUGUCUCUCAGUGUCUGUAGUGUGCCAGUGUCCCUUAUGUAUCAGAGUGUCUCAGUGCCCCAUGUCUCACAGUGUCCCUGGUGUCUCUCAGUGUCUGUAGUGUCUCAGUGUCAGUGUCCUUAGUGUCUCAGUGUCCCUUAGUCUCUCAGAAUCCUCUAGUCUCACAGUGUCCCCAUGUCUUACAGUGCCCCCAAGUGUCUCAGUGUCCCCUAGUAUAAAAGAGAAAAUCUCAGGCACUCACUGUGAUAGAUUUAAGCAGGUUUAUUGGACACCGCAAUGUUUCGACCUGUACCCAGGUCUUUAUCAAGUCUCCAGUGUCCCCUGUGUAUCACAGUGUCCCUUAUAUAUCAGAGUGUCUCAGUGACCCAUGUCUCCCAGUGUCCCUGGUGUCUCUCAGUGUCCGUAGUGUCUCAGUGUCCUUAUUGUCUCAGUGUCCCCUAGUCUCUCAGAAUCCUCUAGUCUCCCAGUGUCCCCAUGUCUCACAGGGCCCCCAAGUGUCUCAGUGUCCCCUAGUAUAAAAGAGAAAAGCUCAGGCACUCACUGUGAUAGAUUUAAGCAGGUUUAUUGGAUACCGCAAUGUUUCAAUCUGUACCCAGAUCUUUAUCAAGUCUCCAGUGUCCCCUAUGUAUCACAGUGUGCCUUAUGUAUCAGAGUGUCUCAGUGCCCCAUGUCUCCCAGUGUCUCCGGUGUCUCUCAGUGUCCGUAGUGUCUCAGUGUCCUUAGUGUCUCAGUGUCCCCUAGUCUCUCAGAAUCCUCUAGUCUCCAGUGUCCCCUAUGUAUCACAGUGUCCCUUAUGUAUUAGAGUGUCUCAGUGCCCCAUGUCUCCCAGUGUCCCUGGUGUCUUUCAGUGUCCGUAGUGUCUCAGUGUCCCCUAGUCUCUCAAAAUCCUCUAGUCUCCCAGUGUCCCCAUGUCUCACAUGGCCCCCAAGUGUCUCAGUGUCCCCUAGUAUAAAAGAAAAAAAUCUCAGGCACUCAAUGUGAUAGAUUUAAGCAGGUUUAUUGGACACUGCAACGUUUUGACCUGUACCCAGGUCAAAACCAAGUUUCCAGUGUCCCCUAUAUAUCACAGUGUCCCCUAUGCAUCACAGUGUCUCAGUGCUCCAUAUCUCCCAGUGCCCCCUUAUGUCUCAAAGUCACUCAGUGUCCCCAUGUCUCCCAGUGUCCCCAGGUCUCCCAGUGUUCCCUAGUAUCUCAGUGUCCACAUGUCUCCCAGUGUCCCAAUGUCUCUCAAUGUCCCCUAGUGUCCUAGUGACAUGGGAACACUGGGAAACAUGGGGACACAGACACUAUGGGACCGGGAGACAUAGGGACACAGACAUGCCCCCUUUUUGUGUAUGUUCGCCCCUUUCGGCAGUUCUGGUUAUGUGAUUUGUGUCAGUGGCCCACCCUUUUACCCCAUCCUUAGACUUCCUGCUUUACUGGACACUGCUGUUAGGGGGUAUGGGUUUACUUGAAAGAUGAAGGCAUGAGAUUAGCAUAGGGUAUGUGUUUUUUCAUAACUGCAUCCUAUGAGUUUCCCUCCAGCACCAUCUCCAUCAGAUAUAUGAUGCUUAGGAGGUAGGACUGUUUUAGUGUUUUUGGUCAAUAAAAUUUUGUAAUUAGACCCAUCAUAGUUGUCAGCACCAGGCCCACUGGGCUCUUAAUCGGGCCUGGUUAGUCCACCCAUUGUACAGCCAGUGGUGUAUCCUGGUUUUGUGCUGCCUUAGGCAGGACAAAACUCAGGCUCCUCCCAAACCCCCCACGCGCGCGAUCCCCACCCAUCCCUUCCCCCCGCCCCGCCCCGCCUUCUAAAUACACACACACACUCAUUGACAGAUACGCAUACACUAGCUAACAGAAACACAAACUCACUGACACACACAGACACUCACUCACUCACUAGCAGACACACACUAGCAGACACACACACACUCACUGACACACACACUCACAGGCAAACAUACACACACAGUCAGACACACACACAAACACACUCACUCACUUGCAGACACACUCACUCACUAGCAGACACACACACUCACUAGCAGACACACACAAGCAGACACAAACACUCACUUGACACACACACUCACAGGCAAACACACUCACACUAACAGUCAGACACACACACACUAACAGUCAGACACACACACACACUCACUAACAGACACACUCACACACACUAACAGACACACUCACACACACACUAACAGACACAUUAACAGACACACUCACACACACACAAACUAACAGACACACACACACACUAACAGACACACACACUAACAGACACAUUAACAGACACACUCACACACAUACACACUAACAGACACACACACACUCACACACUCACAUUAACACAUUUAUUUUUUUUAACCCCCCCUCCCAUCCAGCCUCCUUACCUUUGGGAAUGCUGGGGGGGGUUCCCUUUCUCCCUGGGGGUCCAGUGGCUGCUGGGCGCUGGGCGCUGGGCGGGCGGCUGGCGAGGGAGCACUUCCUCUGAGCUGUCUGCUCAGCUCCCUCGCGCGCCUCAGAGUGAGGCUGGGAGCCGGAAUAUGAUCAGAGGAAGUGCUCCCUCGCCAGCUGCCCGCACAGCGCCGCCCGCCUGCUCGGCAUGUCUGUUAGCCGCAGGGCUAACAAGACAUUUGUCCUGGGCAUUUGGGGGGCGGCUUUGUUUGCCGCCCCCUGGAAAAUGCCGCCCAAGGCAAAUGCCUUGUUUGCCUUGCGGCUAAUACAUCCCUGUGUACAGCGCUACGGAAUCUGAUACUACUGUAUGAGCCAACACGCAAAACUUUGAUAACACAAACAACAACGUAAAGCGGGCCUUAGAAUGGCCAGAUUUAACAUUAAAGAGAAAGGGCAUUGAUAAAAGGCAUUACAGGGUUUAAAUAUGCCUCUCAGUGCAGUGAUUGGUCAGUACUUGGCCUUUGAACCCAAAACGUGUGUGUGCGUCAACAGUGUGACAUCACAUGCACGCCGGCGCCAUCUUUAAUGUGGGCACUGUGUAUUUUACUAUUAAGAACGGGACCACAACGGGAUUAUAGAACGCUGCACCAGUCGAGGCCCGUCUCACUGGAGGAUCGGGCGGCGAUCCAGGUGAGUAUACAUUUACCUUCUCUGCUCGACCCCUCUGCUCGUGUGCGGCCGCAACGACUGGGGUCUUAUGUGCGGCUAAAGUAUUGGUGUGGCCGCACUGAGCAGGCGUGUCCACGCAGAUACUAUCCCCUAGCACUGUGACAAUCAUAAGCUUGUUUUGACCCUCUUCACCUGUGUUAAUCAUGUUUGUCUUGUUUACUUACUGUAGAGCACCGUGGAAUAUGUUGGCACUAUAUAAACAAUUUAAUUGUUCAUCCUUUAGAGAACUGUUAAUGUUGGUGAUCAAGAAUUUUAAAGAUUAUCUGCUAUAUUUGAUUUUGCAUUAUUUUUGACAGGGUCUGAAACGCUGCCAUAGUUUUUCCACAUACAGUAGGUGUGACAAAAACAAAUAAAAUGGACACUUCCCCUGAUUAUGGUUAUUUCUCAUAAAACCAGAUUAAUUUAUUAUAAAUUUAUUUUUUCCUCCAGAAAGUAUUGUACGUAUAUCUGUAUAAAGCUCAUAUAAAGUAAUUACAAUGACACUAAUCCUCUGUACUAUGCAAAAAUUCAUGGGACAAUCAAUAUGCUCAGAGUCCCUAUAUCCCCCUCCAAGAAUUUAGACAUUACGUUUCCCAAUGGUAUUCACUAAAGUGAGAAUUCAAAGUGAAUUCAAUGCAAAUUUCUAAUUUAAGUCCAAUAUAGCAAAAUUGGAAAAAUAAAUCUGCAAGUCAACUAUGUUUCUUUGACCUUAAAGGGACACUAUAGUCACCAAAACAACUUUAGCUCAAUUAAGCAAUUUUGGUGUAUAGAUCAUGCCCCAGCAGUCUCACUGCUCAUUGCUCUGCCAUUUAGGAGUCAAGUCAUGUGACUUACACACAGUGGUGUAUCCUGGUUUUGUGCUGCCCUAGGCAGGACAAAACUCAGGCGCCCUCCUCCCCCCUCCCUGCGCCACUCCCACCCAACCCUUCCACCCCACCCCGCCCCGCCUUCUAAAUACACACACACACACAUUCACUGACAGAUACGCAUACACUAGCUAACAGAAACACCCUCACACUCACUAACAGACACACACACUCACUAACAGACACACACACUAACAGACACACUCACUCACUAGCAGACACACACACACACACUCACAGGCAAACACACUCACACUAACAGACACACACACACAGUCAGACACACACACUAACAGACACACACAGUCAGACACACACACAUACUAACAGACACACACACUAACAGACACACACACUAACCAGACACACACACACACACUAACACACACACACACUAACACACACACACACACACUAACACACACACACACACUCACUCACAUUAAUACAUUUUUUUUAACCCCCCUCACCCAGCCUCCUUACCUUUGGGAAUGCUGGGGAAGGUUCUCUUUCUCCCUGGGGGUCCAGUGGCUGCUGGGUGGCGCUGGCGUGCGACUGGCGAGGGAGCACUUUCCCUGAGCACUCUGCUUAGCUCCCUCGCGUGCCCCAGAGUGAUGCUGGGAACCGGAAUAUGACGUCAUUCCCUCGCCAGUCGCACACCAGCACCCCCCCGUCCGCCCAGCAACCAGACCAUCAGCCGCAAGGCUAACAAGACAUUUGCCCUGGGCAUUUGGGGCGUUUUUUUUUGCUGCCCCCUGGAAAAUGCCGCCCAAGGCAAAUGCCUUGUUUGCCUCGCACCUAAAACGUCCCUGCUUACACAGUCUUCUUUAACACUUCAUGUAAAGAGUUAUAUAAUGUUUACACUUCCUUUAUUGCAAUUUCUGUUUAAUUUAGAAUUUCUUAUCUCCUGCUCUGUUAAUAGCUUGCUAGACCCAGCAUGAAUCUCCUGUAUGUAAUUAAAGUUCAAUUUACAGUGAUAAAACAAUCUAAAGUAUUAAAUAACUAUUUGAACGCUGCAGAUUUAUUUGAUAUCUUGCAUUUUGUACCCCUAUGAGAAAGACGACUUAUUUUUCAAAAGUCCACUUAUCCUUUUCUUGGAUAGAUGUGAUUUAAGGAGACAGUUUCACAGUAAAUAAUACCAAACAAAUCUACAUAAAAGACCAUAGCCUUGUUUAUAUAGAAAUAGAGGAAAAAAUAUUUUAAAAUCUCCAAGAACUACUUUGCAUAUGGAAGAAUCUAUUUAAACAAAAAGGAAAUCAAGAUUUUUUUAUAAAAAAUAAUUGCUUACUAUUUUCAAGAGAAUGCCAGUAAAGAAACAGCAAAUGCUACAGUGUGUUUUUAAAUCUGUACUGAGAGGCUACCUGACAAAACUCAAAUGUCAGAUGAUCAAAAAAAAGGUGCCUCCCUAGCGGACUUAUAUGUUGAUUUUUAUAGACUAUCUUCUAACAUUAAAAAUAAGUUUUCAAGGGGGCGUGUCCAACAGCCGGCGCGUGCGGUCGCAUGGAGUAGGAGCUCCCGGCCACAACGGACCCGAACGCAAUAUUUAGGCGAACCCGGAGGUCAAUUCCCGGUAAAAAACUUACCUGGCACUUAAUACAACGACAUGGCACCGUCCAAACAAUUAAAAAUGACGGACCAAAUGAAAACCGCCAGAAAAGAAAAAAGUAGGCCCCUGCAAGAUGGCGACGACAGCAUGGGCUGCUAUCCGACACCAGAUCAGCUUUCAGAUAAUGACACAACGCCCUCCUCAUACACAGAGGCACCAGCCAGCGAAAAAAGGCUGUUUAUAAUGCUGCAAGACCUGAGAACCACCUUAAAUGCGGACAUGAAACAAAUGACUGCAGAAUUUAAGCGGGAACUGGCCGACAUUGGGGACCGCACUGACCGCCUGGAGGUACGGACGGAAGAACUGUGCGCCACACAAAAUGACCUUGCAGAACAACUGCAGGCGCUCAGGGAAGAACACCUAACACUGAAAAGAAAAACGGCAGAUAUAGAAGACCGCUCCAGGCGCAAUAAUGUAAGAUUCAGAGGCAUCCCCGAUAGUAUAUCCCACGACGCACUCCCUGACUAUAUAACAGGCCUCUGCACCACUCUGGCACCGGCCAUAGAGAAAGACAGAUGGCUUAUGGACAGGGCCCAUCGCAUUCCUCGGCCACCGCGAUUCACGAGUGACACACCAAAAGACACGGUGGUCAGAUUCCACUUUUUCAAGUCAAAAGAAACACUGAUGGCUGCGGCGCGCAAACUACAGCAGCUCCCCUCACCAUACCAAGGCAUCCAGGUAUACGCAGAUCUCUCAGCGCUCACCAUGGAAAGAAGACGGGAAUUCAUCACAGUCACGAAGACUCUACGCAACCAUAACAUACAAUACCGCUGGGGCUACCCAACUAAACUCCUACUAUGGAAGGACAACACGCAUCAUAAUAUUGACACUCCUGAUGAGGGCCUACAACUCCUGCGAAAAUGGGGACUAUUUGGGACCAAAGACCCUCCACCACAGAAACAGCAUGCGCACCAACGACUGCCGACGGAAUGGCACAUGGCGGGCUCACCUAAGCCACAGCAACCACAACAAAAUGUAUAACGGGACUAAGUGUAGAGUACAAGAAAGACCAGGUCUAUAUGUGACAUCCCUCAACUGAAGAGACACCAAUAUGUAUGUAUGUAUGCACUGACAUGAUUGACACACUAGCACUGCAUACUUCAGAUAUCAACUCCAUCGGAGUUCAUAAUAGACCCUGGCAAGGCGACACAAAACACAAAAAAAAAAAAAAAAAAAAAAAAAAAAAAAAAAAAAAAAAAAACACGCCUUACUUCACACAUUUGUUUAAAGGGCCGUUGACACGGCAGCACACCUCAGUUCACGCCUCCCAGGUUGAUCCGCGGCCCAGUUUAGGAGCGGUCCGCAGACCAACCAAGUACAAUGCCCGCAUCCCAAAGGGCAUCAUGUAUAUACUUUGUUUAUGUUUUUUUGUUGUUUUUAUUAAUGUUAAUGUUUAUGUAUAUGUUCAUGUACCUACCACUGCCCAAUACCCGGCUAAGCCACCUGAAACCAGGCAAACACUCCCGAACCAAGAGUAUCCCGAGCCAACCCUCAGAGGCGCAACAUGAUACGCGCAGCACUAAAACAAGGCGAACUAACUUCCCCCCAGAUGAAUGCCUAGCACUAACUGCACCCAACCCCCCUGACCCACAACCCUGAUGGCUAACACAUUACAACUUCUUUCUCUUAACGUUAAAGGCCUUAACAGCCCCCAUAAACGAAGGUUAGCUGCGCAGGAACUACGUUCAUCCAAGGCAGCAAUUGCCUGCCUGCAGGAAACCCAUUUCUGUAAACGUAAUCCACCGAAAUUUUCAGUGAAACAGUAUGCACAGGCCUUUCACGCCUUCUCCCCAACUAAAUCCAGGGGAGUCUCUAUACUCUUCCACGACGAUUGGGCAUUCACGAUGAGUAAACAGCAUACCAAUAGAGACGGCAGGCUACUUAUAUUGGUGGGAGCCUUAAACGGUAUAGAAAUUACCAUAGCCUCACUGUAUGCACCUAAUGAGGGCCAAAAAUCAUUUCUCACCUCAGCAAUGAGAAAACUAGACAGAUAUAAGAGGGGCCAUGUAAUCUUAUGUGGCGACUUUAAUUGCACGACUGAUCCAUCUGCGGACGUAAAACGAACGGGGAACAAAGGCCCCAAAAGCACGUCUAUCUCACUAGGACGCCACAUGACCAAAUUAAUCACGCUACACGACCUCUAUGACUCAUGGAGAUGCCUCCACCCCGCAGACAGGGACUAUACGUACUUUUCCCCGGUCCAUAUGACAUACUCUAGGAUAGACUUAUGCCUCACUGACAAGAGCACCCUAACACACCUUGUUGACGUCUCUAUAGGCCCAAUAACAUGGUCUGACCACGCGCCGCUUGCGGUUACGCUUCGCGUCCCGUACCCGGCUCGUGGAAGGGGCACAUGGCGCAUGAAUGAAGCUUUAGUGGACAACCCAGACAACACCAAAACCAUAAACAAACAAAUCACCGACUUCUUUGAGAAUCACGCAAACUGCACAACAAAUAUUACAACCCAGUGGGUAACACAUAAGGUGGUAAUAAGAGGGACACUCAUUCAAAUGGGAGCUAAAAACAAACGACGAACAUGCUUGCAGAAAACUGACCUAAUAUCGAAACUCACAACUUUAGAAGCCUCCCAUAAGCAAAAACCCAGAAAACAUACCCAGAAACAAUUAGAACAAAUACGGCUCCAACUCCAUGCCAUAGAUCUGAACAACACCGAAAGGCACAUGCGCUAUCUCAAACAAUCCCACUAUGUUGAGGGCAAUAAAGCAGGGAAAUUGCUAGCUAGGAGACUUAAAAAAAGAUAUCAAGCGUCUAAGCUGCCAUACAUAAUGUCCGCAGCAGGUGACAAACUCUUCAACCCACAAGACAUGGUGGAAGAAUUAGCCUCCUACUACGCCACGCUUUACCAACUAGACAAUGACAGGACUACUUAUCAACCUACAAAGAGAGACUUACAAGCCUUCUUUACUGACAUUACCCUCCCGACCCUUACCCAAGAACAGAAAACCUCCCUCGAAAGGCCAUUCACAGAUGAGGAAAUCCGUUCCACGAUAAAGUCUUUACCAAAACGAAAAGCGCCAGGCCCAGAUGGAUUAACGAACCACUACUACCACAUGUUUGGAGACACACUGACCCCACAUCUUACCAAACUUUUCAACCAUAUUAAACGAGUAGGAGCUGUCCCACCAGAAAUGCUGGAAGCCCAUAUCGUAACCCUUCCAAAGCCCAACAAACCCCCCACCAUAUGUGCCAAUCUCCGACCCAUCUCCCUACUAAAUGCUGAUAUCAAACUUUACGCCAAACUACUAGCCAACAGAAUAAAACCAUUCCUACCCAGAUUAAUCUCGAAAGAGCAAGCAGGGUUUGUCCCCGGAAGGCAGGUAGGAGACAACACCAGGCACUUUAUCAAUCUAAUAGAAUGGGCACAUAAAUCGAACCAACAAGGGAUUCUCCUGGCUCUCGACGCUGAAAAAGCGUUCGAUCGCCUGAACUGGGAAUAUAUGACGAUGACACUCGAAAUCAUGGGAUUCCCCCAACCCUUUAUAACCAGCAUUUUGGCGUUGUAUAGCUGCCCUUCGGCAAAAAUAUAUAACACCGGAUUCCUCUCAAAAGCCUUUAAUAUCCGCAAUGGCACACGCCAGGGGUGCCCACUCUCUCCACUCAUCUUUAUCUUGUGCUUAGAACCCCUGAUCUAUAGCAUAAAAAAUAACCCCUCAAUCCGAGGGCUCAACACCCCAACAGGGGAGCAAAAACUGGCCCUUUUUGCGGACGACAUAAUAGUAUUUAUGACAAAACCGAUACAAUCUAUCCCGGCUCUCACUAGAACACUGAACUCAUAUGGGUCGGUAUCAUACUACAAAAAUAAUGCAGCCAAAACCCAAGCCCUCCCCAUAGGCCUACCACAUAAUAUAAUUAAAACACUGAAGGAAACACAUAACUUCGACUGGCGGUCGAAAUCGAUUCAAUAUUUGGGGAUAAAACUGACAAAAAAUGUGCACUCACUAACGACGGAAAACCACACACCUAUGAUUCAUAAACUAAUGACCCAAAUGAACAAGUGGGAAGGACUGGAGGUGUCAUGGUUGGGGCGCAUUAACACCAUCAAAAUGAUGAUCCUGCCACAUGUGCUCUAUCUCUUUCGCACACUUCCCAUACCCCUGUCAGCCAAACUGCUAAAAAGGUUCCAAACCAUAAUCAACGCCCAUGUAUGGAAACGCAAACCACCCAGACUGGCUGCUGCCAAACUAAGCCUUCCAUACACGAGAGGAGGACUGGGAGUACCAAACAUCCGUAACUACUAUAGAGCAUCCCUUCUUGCACAAGGCCUACGUAUAAUCCGAACCACGGGCGCCGACCAAACUCCACUAUGGCUAACCCUCGAAAACGCCUGCAUACACCCAGCCACUAUCCCAAAUGCUCUCUGGCUCCACGAGCCUAAAUCAGUGGGUAAAGAAGGACUAUGGUGCACGCAAACAACACUACAUACUUGGGAACGUUGGGGUCCAGAGGUAAUUGACGCACAAACACUACAUAAGGAAGCACCACUAACUGCACUGCAGACCAGCUCACCCGACCUCUCCCUCCUCACAUGGUCAAACCUAGGAAUACAUAAAAUAAAAGACUUAUACACCCAAAACGAACUGAAAACAUUCCCCACUCUGCAAAGCGAAUUCUCCCUCAAUCCAAGAGACAUCUUUACAUACCUAAGGGUUAAGAACAUACUACAAACACGUAUUAAACCGGCAGCACUCACACCACCUUUAGCAAUACCCUCAGCCCGUUAUAUACUGACAUCCCGCUCCAUCAAACCACUAGCCUUAUGCUAUAAUGCACUAGAAAAGGGAAAAUCCAUGCAUAAACACUCCUAUAUGGAAAAGUGGGAGGAAGACAUAGGGGAGCCAAUCACUAUACAACAAUGGUAUGACGCCUUCCAAGCCACUAAACGAGCAUCAAAAAGCCUAUCUCUGUGGGAAGCAUAUAGCAAAAUAGCAAUGCGUUGGUAUCUAGUCCCCCUCAGACUGGCAAAGAUAUUCCCCAACACCUCACCACUAUGCUGGAGAUGUGAACAACAACAAGGGUCUCUACUGCAUAUUUUCUGGGAAUGCCCAGUCAUAAAACCAUUUUGGAUCGCUAUCCAAAAAGUCAUAAGGGAAACUACUAACUUGUCAAUUCCACUAAACCCAGCACACUACCUACUCCACAUACUACCUACGACAAGCCCAACAAGAAACCCAUUAAGCACAAUCGCCAUAAUCAUACUAACCGCGGCCAAAAUCGCGAUCGCAUCAAAAUGGAAACACAAUGUACCCCCAACUCAGGAGGAAGUAACACGCAGAGUAGACAGUAUAUGCAUAUAUGAACAGAUGGCACACAAAAUACAGGGAACAUCUGAGAAACACAACACCUACUGGAGAGGAUGGCUGGACGCCCGGAAAGAGACGGUACAGGUAGACAAUCACAAUCACUAACCUACAUACAAAACUAAGAUAGCUGAAAUCGGGAGAAAUUGCAUCACACAAAGAGUGCAACUUACGGCAACUGACAAACAGACGGCCCUAUAAGGACCCAAACACAUACACUGCACGCACUCAGCUUCUAGGCCGGAUGGGUCAGACGUACAGUCAAAUUAUAGGUACAGUUAAAGUUAAAGGUUAUCCCCUCCCCAAACCCCUCACCCUAUCCCCGGUUGCAUGAUAUGACAGACACACCUAAAGUCACAGACUCAACAAUAAAGAGGCACAGCAACCUCAAAUUCUAAACAAUAAUCGCUCUCACCCAGCCCCUACGCAGACAACAACCACGAAAUAAGCGCAACACGAGCGACAUUAAGACAUGAUACACAUAGGUUAGAAGGACUACCUUAUAAAGCUGAAAAUGUUAUAAACGACAAAGAUGACAUUAUUGCAACAAUGUUUGAUGUAAAUGGUCUAUGUGCUGCUGCGCCAGCACAACAUUAUGUUUAUCCCUAUGUUUAUCACUAUUAUUACUGUUAUCAUUACUGUCUGUAUCAACAUCAGUAUUAUGAUUAUGUAUCAGAACCGGAAAACUCGAUAAAACCAAUAAAAAUUAUAUAUGAAAAAAAAAAAAAAAUAAGUUUUCAAAAGAAGAUGCACUAAAACUAAAAUAAAUCUUUAAAAAAUCCACAUAGAGUCUGAUAAGAUCAAUAAAAAAAUUAGACUUUUAAAAAAAUGAAAUAUUACCACAAAGGAAGACAAAAUCCUUUCAAAUAAAAUAAAAAAAGAAAAUAAGGGAAAAAUUUAUGACAAUUCAAGUAGAUGAAAAUGUAUAUAUAACUUAAAUUAAUAAUUCCAUCAGAAUAUCUAAAUUAUUGAAAUCUUCCAAUAAAUAAAACAGAGUUAGAUAAAGCAAUAGAAAAUCUGGUCCAAUUCAAGACACCAGGCCCAGAUUUUAGCAACUCGUUUUACAAAAUGUAUAAAAGUAACAUCUCUGAUCAUUUAAUCAAUGCUUUUAAUGAAAUUGUAACGACUGGGUCUUUUCCUAUGGAAAUGUCGUCCCAUAUCACUGAUCAACAUAGAUGUAAAGAUUUUUUCAGCUUUUUAUAUUAUACUUAUGACAGUACAUCACGAUCUGAUUAGUUACAUUCAGGAAAGAUCUCUCUGCAACAACAUAUAACAUAUAAUAGAUCUUAUUGACCAUGCUGAAAGGACUUGGGCUUCCCAUCUGACCUUUUCAUUGAACGCGGAAAAAGCAUUUGAAAGUGUCAGUUGGGAGUAUAUGUUCCAAGUGCUCCAAUCUUUUGGAUUUGAAGGCUGGACAUUGAAAGCCAUCAAAGCUCUUUAUACAAUUCUUAAAGCCAGAGUGGUCAUCUCAAAUUUAUGUUCCGACUGGUUCAAAUAAAAAAAACAGCACAAGGCAAGGCUGUCCUCUGUCUCCUAUUCUGUACAUUAUAUCCAUAGAAUCAUUUGAAGCAAAAAUCAGGAACAAUAUACAGAUUGAAAGUUACUCAUCCCUUAAAGUUGAAGCCAAAAUCUGUCUCUACGCUGAUGAUGUUUUCAUUACAGUAACAGAUCCAAUCAAUUAUUCAAAGGCUUUAAUAAAAGAGAUUAAAGACUUCAACUUUAUAUCAAAUUAAGUUAAAAAAUUAAGUUAAUGCGAGACCAGUGGCACAAUUCAUAAAGUCUUUGAAUAAAUUCUUAAAAGAAUGUGACAAUAAAGAGAUUUCAUGGUAUGGGAGGAUCAACAUAAUCAAAGCAUACAUUUUGCCUAAAUGGGUAUAUUUGUUUAGGAUGAUAUCAUUAAAUUUCCAAAGAGCUGGAUAGAUCUAAUACAGAGAAGUAUCAGAAACUUAAUGUGGAAAGGUAAAAUCCCUCAAAUUAGUUCAACCAGACUUUCAAAGAAAAUUAAAGAUUAAUGGCUUGGUUUUCCAAUAAUACACCAACAUUACGAUGCAAGCAUUCUAUAUAGUAUACAAAAAAUGAAUAAUAUAUUAUCAGAAAAAGAAACUGAAUGGAGGCAGAGGCAGUCAACACACCUGGAGUAUAAAAAAAAAAAAAAAAAAGAAUCACUGCUCACAAACUAAAGGAUGUAUGGUACUUGGCCUUUUAACUCCCAUAUGACAAAAAAAAAAAAAAGUUUAACCUUAAAGACAAAGCCCCCAAAUUUGUACAUUUGCACAUAAUUAAAAACAAUGUUGAAAAUCUCAUAAUUAAAAAUGGGAAAAAAAUCAGUCGAACAACUAACUCAAUCUGGAAGAAUAAAAUCCCUUCAAGAUUUGCAAGUUAGCUAUGGUUUACCUAAGGGGAUUUAAGGGUCAAGAAUGUCUUAUUUGAACAAAAAAAUUUCAUUAUUUAAUUCUGAACAAAUAUAUGAAUAUAUGUAAUGACUAAUACUUGAAUUGCAGCAACAUUUUUGAUUGCAAGGGGAUCAUCUUUCUAAAAACAACUUUUAUUAUUCAAUUACUGUGGCAAUUUAAAAUGGAAAAUGGCAGAGCAUGGCUUUCAGGUAUCUCAAUAAAACAACAACAAAUAUGUCAAAAAUCUCUAGAUGAACCCAUACUUAUGAAUAAAUACCUCAAACUUUCCCCAACUCUGGACGGCAGCAAUAGAUAUCCGUGUAUUUCUUUUUUUUUCUUUGUGUAGUUUUUGUCUGUAGUUUAUGUCAUCGAUUUGUAUUUCUUAUGUUUUUUUAAGUCUUUUUGUCUAUUUAAAGUCUAUUUGGAAAAUAAAUGUUUGUGCUCAAUAAAGAAUAUACAAAUGUAAAAAAAAAAGAUAUACACAACAUUAAUAUAAAUCAUAAAGCAGGUUAAUGUGUAUUGAGAUAUUAUACACAGCAUUAAUAUAGAACACAAAGCAAGUUAUUGUGUAUUGAGAUAUUAUACACAACAUUGAUAGAGAACACAAAGCAGGUUAUUGUACACAGCAUUACCAUGAAACCAAUCAGGUUACACUGUAAAUAACAUUAAUAUGGAACACAAAGCAAGUUACAUUAUUUUCACAUGUAUAUUAUGCACAUCACAAUAUAACACAAUAUUGGAACACAAUACAAGUUAUAUUGUAUCUACAUAUUACACCCAACAGCACAUAGAUCCUGAAACCUUUAUUUUGAUCCUAAAAUAAAAUUAAGCAGUUUACAGUCACCAAUGUACACCACUAGUGAAUAUGUUGGUGACAUAUAGAUACAAUAUAUCACAUAUAUAUUUAUAUAUAUAAUGAUCAUUAUAGUGUUUCAGUAACGUGGUAUACAAAAUUAAAAGCAUUAAUACAGUUGUUGAGUGUAUCUAGAAUUGGGUUAAAAUGUAUUUAUUCAGUGGAUAGCAAUAAUAAUCUUUAUUAAAAUAAAUUAAAUUGUGGUGUAAUAAAUUACUUCCUACAAACCACAACCUGGAAAUGUAUUUAUUGUAUCAAUCGAAAUAAAAACUCUGGUAUCAUUUUCACACAUUAGAACGGAACAGGUAUAACAGUUUUCAUAGCAAAAAGUAAUCAUUUGCAAGUGGAACGGAUUAUUUAAGAUGGGGAUUUUAGAUGUCAUAAUACUGAAAUAAAGCCAAUAAAUAAAAAUAAAUUUAAAAAAAGUUCAAUUUACACAGCAGGAGAUAAAAAGUAAGUUACAAAAUUAAAUAAUUUUGUUUUCAUGCAGACUGUGUGAGUGACAGACAGGGGAGGCUGCAUUAACAGAAAAAAAGUGAUUUAACUCCUAAAUUUCAGUGAAUUGAGCAGUGAAACUUCAGAGGCAUGAUCUAUACACUAAAACUGCAUCAUUAAGAUAAAGUUGUUUUGGUGAUUGUAGUGUCCCUUUGAAUUUGAAAUUAUCUUUGCAUUCUCACUUUGAUGAAUAACAAUGCUACAGCAUGGGAAGUGUGUGUGUGUGUGUGUGGGGGCACAAACUGACAUACACACUUACUGACACACACACCUCACUCACUGACAGACACACUCACUAAUUUGACACACACUGACAGAUAUACUCACUGACACACACUGUCACUGAUUUUACACACACCGACAGACACAGACACACACACACACACACAUUCACUGUGAGGCAUUCUCUCACAUUGACAAUUUUACAAAUUAUCUGUAUUAAAGUGCACCCAGCCUCCCUACUUUUGGGAGUGCAAGAGUAGAUGCUUCCCCAGGGGUCCAGUGGGGAUCCUUUCCAUGGAGUCUAGUGGGGAUCCACUGGGGACCAGUUGGGAUCCAUUCCCUGUUGUCUAGUGUGGCUGCUGUCAUCUUGAUAGUCUUCUUGUUCUGCUCCCUCACACACUUUUUGUUGAUGCUGGGUGUGGAUGGACAUCAUAACCCAGAUCCUAGCAUUACUGCAGUGCACGAAGUAGCAGUGCUGGAAGAGCACAGACAUCAGCACUCCCUCACUGCCAAUCUUCAUUCUCCCUUCUAGACACAGCACAUUCAGGACAUAGUAGGCACCUGACGUCCAGGUAGCAGGUGCCAACUCUUAGCGCACAGCUGGCUACCUCCUGGGGGACCCUAAUGUGGCCAGCAGACUACCUGAGGUACACUUACCACAGGUUUAGAACCUGUGGUUUACAGGGACAAAACGGACCCUGGACACAGAAGAAGGGAGAGGUAUUGUUUUUUGUAUUGUUUAUAUCCAUUUUUGUGAGGGACAAGGCAGCUGAAAUAAUCUCAGCAAUGGCAUACCUCUGAGUGUAUUUACUAACAUAAUUCUUUCAACACCCCCAUUCUUAGAAGAAUGUAAGAAAUAGUGCCGUCGUGUUACAAACACAUCACACUGAAUAGUAAGAACAUUUUCAGCUUUAAUGGAACACGAAACAAACAUUCUCCACUAAUGGAAGCUAAAACAAUUGAAACAUUAAAAAAAAGAACAGAAAAUAACAAAAAAAAAAAAACAUUUUAAAACACUCUGGCGUUCCGUUCUGAGCUUAAAACUGCCUCCUACUACAAUAAAUAAAAUAAUGAUACAUUAAGACAUCAAAAAUUGAGUUGAAAAAGCAUUUUACGAUAAAGGGGUUUAUUCCCUAAGCUGCAAGCGGAGACCAUAAUAGUGAGAUUGGAAUACAAAAUUGCAGUAUUUCUUUCAAAUUCACUGUUUAGCGAAUAAAAGCUAAACCUGUAUAAAAUAAGCCAAAAUAAUUUCACUACCAUAACUGAUUAGACCAGGAACCCAGAGGGAUAUUUUGAACAUGAAGAUUUGAGUCUUUGUGAUACACUAAAUCUGCUUUUUUUCUCUAAACCUCAUGAAAGGAUAAUUCAAAUGUGCACUAACACAGAAUCAAAUGGUCGUUGCUAUUUGAUUCCUUUAUCCGCAAGAUUCACUACACUGAACAUCAAAAUGUUGGCCGGCCGGCUGGCCGCGUUGUCAUGAUUUAUUCUAGGAAUCUGUGUAUCUAUAAUAACAUCUUGAUCUGGGAAAAAUAGAAUAGAAUCCACCAUGUAGUGAUGUGUGGGUCACACUGACAAACAACUCACCAAAUCUGGUUCACUUUUAUUAUGUAUAUAAAAUACAUUUAUUUUAUUCUUUAUUCUUUCCUUCUGUAUUAUUAUUGCAAAAACACAUGUGCAAGACUAAAACUGUAUAUUUUAAUACAAUUUAUGCUCAAAGGAAUACUGUCACUUCUCUGGAUUUAUACGGUUGAAUAAAACAUGGAGAAUCACCUUUAAAUUGCUUUAAUCUCCUUUGCAUGCAACGCUCGGUUUUCUUUUAAACUUAUUUUAAAUAUUUAGCAAAUUACAUCAUAAUCCAGUUCAGAUAAGGCAAAGCCAGAGCAAACACUGCAAAUGUUUGCAGAGGAGAAUAGAAAUAGUUUCAUGUUCCUCUUCCGAGAAUGCUUUUUCUUUGCGGACUGCCAAGGUACAAAAGGACAGAGCUUUUAACGAUGACUGACAGGGAGCUAAAAUGGCGGCUAAGUUUCAGGAUAAACAGGUGUGGAUUAAUAUCUUGAAUUUUUUUUUUUGCCACACCUCACAAUUAAGUAUUUGUUAAAUAUAGGGAUAAAUCAGCAUAAUAUCAAAAUUCUUGAGAAGUGAAAGAUACCCUUUAUAUCAAAAUCUUUUGAAUCAGUCGAAUUGACACUUUCUUUCUUCCUGAUCUGCCCAUUUUUAUUUUAAACAGGCUGCAAAGAUGAAAAAAUGUUUUUUUUUAAAUUGGUACACCAAAUUGCCUUUUUUGUUGAUAAUCUGAGAGGCCUACCGGAUUGCCUUCCUAAAUUAUAAAUCAUUAACUACAUUUCUUCAGUGCUAGGUGAAGCUAUGGUUGCUGGAAGGAAUGCAUCCUUAUUCGGAAUUGCUACUUCCUAUAUUAUGGUUGCUAAGGCAAAAGGAAUGAUGUGUUAAUUGCAUUAUAUCAGACUUGGAGUGAAGAAUGGUGUAGUAAUUGCUUUAUAUUUCUGAGAAUACACAAAGCUGCACUGAUGGUUUAUAUCUCAGACUGGUAAUAUAGUAGACUAGUCACAACAACAUAGAAAUAUUUGCCAUCACCAUUAAAAUGAUCUGUAUAUUUUUUCCAUUAGAACAUUAUAUUAUAUAUUAUUUCAAUAUAAUUUAUAUUAUUAUGAGUUACUUUGAUAGAUUGAAUUUUUGUAUAGUUUUCCUUCCCUGCUCGGAGACAGCAAUUUUCUCCUAGAUUCAAUUUUUCUCAGUUGAAAUUUUAUUAGAUAAUAGGUAUUAUUACAAACGACAGCAUUAAAUAUUUAACGCUGCUUUAACGCUUUAAUAAAUUCAGAGCAAAAUUAAAUAAAUUAUGGAUACCUAACAAAAAAGAAAGGAAAAAAAUCAUAACGUUCCUAUGAUCCAUUAAUGAUUUAGUACAGAUUUAUAGAAUGUAUACGAUUUAAUGAUUAAAGGGUGAGAGCACAUCAAAGGUACUUGAAGUCACAUUUGAAAUCCAGGGAUUCAGGAACAUCCAAGUGUUACCAAGUAAAAAGGCAGUACAUUUCUCCAUGAUUAUCGUGUUCCAUAAUAUUGCGUCCCAAAACUGAAAUUAAAUCUAAAGAAUGGAAUUACUGAUUCUUAAGGUGUCUUUUACGAAUAGGUGUCUACACACUAAAGUUCAAUUAAGGACCAAUUGGUACAUAUACGUUUGAAGCCAUCUAGAAAAAAAAACCUCUGUACCAGAGGUAGGCAACCUUUUGCACUCCAGGUGUUGUGGACUAGACCUCCCAUAAUACGCUUAAAGCCAUAAUACUGGCAAAGCAUCAGGAGAUAUGUAGUCCUUAACAUCUGAGUGUUGAAGAUUGCCUACCCUUGCUCUAUAACCAGUUUCUCAACCUGUGGUAUACGUACCCAAUACGGGUACGCGCACCAAAGGCAAGUGGUAUGCCAAGAGGUGGUCGGCUGGGGGAGAAUGGAGGCGGCAAAGAAAGUUGUACUCUUUAAGAUAUUGGAGCACUGCUCACUCGAGCACCCUGUGGUGAUUCCGAGAGCCAGUUAUGACUUCACUAUGGCCCUGGCAUCACUAAACAGCAUGUGAAAGAGCAGUGCUGGAGGAGCACGAAGAUGACAGCAGCCACAUAUUAGACAUCAGGGAAAGAAUCGACUCCUGCUCUCCCAAACAGAAGGAAGCUGGGUGGACUCAAAUAAUAAUAAUAAUAAAAAUAUUUGUGAGCGUGUGUGAGAGAUUGUGUAUGUGUCUGUCAGUGAAUGUAUGUGUGUCUGUCAGUGUGUGUCAAAUCAGUGAGUGUGUGUGCAUUUCAGUAAAUGUGUGUGUUUAAGUGUAGUGAAUGUGUUUGUCAGUGUGAGUCACAGUGAGAAUGUGUGUUAGAUCAGUAAGAGUGUGUCUGUCAGUGAGUGUGAAUGUGUCAGAGGACACUGACAUACACACACAUUUUCACACAGUGGACACUGACACACAAACAUUUACACACAGAGGAAACUGUGUAAAUGAGUUUGUGUCAGUAUGCUCUGUAUGCAUGUGUGUCAGUGUCCUCUGUGUGUAAAUGCGUGUGUAUCAGUGUCCUUCAUGUGUAUGUGUCAGAGUCCUCUGUAUGCAUGUGUGUAUGUGUCAGUGUCCUCUGUGCGUAAAUGAGCGUGCGUGUUUACGUUUUCUCUGUGUAUAAGUCUGUGCCAGUGUACUCUGGAUGUAAAUGUGUGUGUGUCAAAGUUCGUUGUGUAUGCGUGUCAGUGUCUUCUGUGUGUAAAUGUGUGUGUCAGUGUCCUUUGGAUGUAAAUAUAUGUGUCAAUGUAUUCUGUGUUUAAAUGUGUGUGUGCAUGUGUCAGUAUUCUCCGUAUUUUAGUGUGUGUGUGUACGUGUCCUCUGUGUGUAAAUGUGAAUGUCAUUGUACUCUGGAUGUAAAUGUGUGAGUGUUUCAGUGCCCUCUUUGUUUUUGCCAGUGUCCUCUGCAUCUAAAUGUGUGUGUAUUCACAGUAGGAAGAGGGUAAUGCACAAACCAAAAGGGGACUACCCCUCCCACCGCCCACAGUCAGUAUAGUUAAAAAAUUGUUUGUUAUACAUAUUUCCAAAGAGCCAACUUAGAACUGAUUCAUAAAGCAAUGCAAUGACAGCCAACAAAAAUGUGUUUAACACAGAUGACUGGCUUUAGAUAGGUUGCUAUAUUUACUGUAUGAAGGGAGUAUGCCCAAAUAUAGACAUUAUGUCAAUAUCCUGAUUAAAUUUUUGGUCAAUUUAAGGGAAUUGGACACUUGUUAUUGAUCUGCUGUAUGUCACAAAUAUUGUAUUUCUGUUUCACAACCAGAGUGAAAUAUAAGGUAUGGGAUACAAUGAAAUUUCUAAAACAGUUUUAAUCAACCAUCAUCUAUUUUUAUAUUUUUAUUAUCUAAUAUUAUCUAUAAAACAAAGGAAAAAAAGAUUGCAAACAGUAUUUUUUACAUUUCUGGUUUGCCUUACAUUAAUGCGCCAGUCCUUUCUCCAGUGUGGUGCACUUAUUUAUUUAUUUCAUUUUUUUAAAGAAAGAUUUAUAGCAACAAAGGAGUUAAUCUUAAAAAUUUAUUUAGUCUGGAUUACUGCAUUCCACAAAUCCAUGCAUAGUGACCAUUAAGUGCAGUUUUGGUGGAAAACAAACAAACAGAUUUGCACAUUUUACAUAUUUUUUUGUAAUCUCAGCAGCAAAUUCAGUUUGUUGAUUUUCCUAAGGACCUAGACUUAGCCGCUUGAUUCAGCUUGUUCUUAAUGAACUUCUUUGACAUAAACAUGUCAAUUGCACACUCACUCAAGUUAUAGAUGUAUAGAGGGGACAUAUACUAAUUAGCCCCUGCCCCUAGAAAAGUCUAAAAAUACACAAUCUUGAUAAGAGAAAAAUAAAGAGGUCAGUUACAUGCUUGUGGGACUGGGGAGAGCCGGACACAAUAUACAGAUAAGAUGAUUCUAAAUUCUCCAGAUUUAUCUGUAAUCAGGUAUGCCAGACAACGAUGAUUUUGAAGCAACCUGGUAAUAUGCAAUUUUCACAAGUGUCACCUUUUACAGAAGAUAUAUGGAGAUCCAGUGCAAGUGUAAAUAUUAUAUUUAAAAUAUCUUUUUUAUUCAUUAUGAACUUGAACCAGUCAGCUAUAAGAAAUUUCUUGUGCUCUCACUAAUAAGAUAACUUUAAAAAAAAUAAUUAAUUUUAUAUAUUUUAAUAUUUCAGCAAAGUUCAUGCAUUGAGAUAUCCAAUAUAUGCUUAGAACGGAAUAUUUGCUUAGUUUUAUAUCUGUUUUUAGAUCAUUGUAUCUAGGGGAAUACAGUCUUUCAAACCUGUUCUCAGCCCUGUUCAUUCCACUGGUGUGUAUUCCAGAACUACCGUGUUUCCCCGAAAAUAAGACAGGGUAUUAUAUUAAUUUUUCCUGGGGGAUGUCUUAUUUUGGGGGAAACGGUUUCAAGCAUGCGCUAGAAAGCAGGUCUACAUUUGGGAGAAUUCCCCCGAACAUAGACCAGUUCAAUAGUGCAUGGAAUCCCGCGAAUCUAUGUUUGAGGAAACAUCCCUGAACAAAGAUUAGUUUACUCGUGAAUGCAAUCACGCAAAUCUACACUCGAGGAAACGUCCCCGAACAUAGAUUAGCUCACUUGCGACUGGAAUCCCGCGAAUCUACAUUCGGGGAAAAUUCCCUGAACAUAGAUGAGCAAACUAGCGAUUGGCAACUAGGGCUUAUUUUCGGGGUAGGGCUUUUAUUACGAGCAUCCCUCCCAAAAAAAUCGAGGUCUUAUUUUUGGGGGAUGUCUUAUUUACUGGGAAACAGGGUAGAUGAAUCUAGGGACUACUGGGAGCUGAAACUCCAGACAAUACUGGCAAUAAGCCCAAGAUGUUAGACUUUUUUUAUUUGAUUAUUAUUAUGUUGCUAGUGUGAAGUCCUCAGUGCCAUAUUCAUAGUAUGUGGCCAUUGCUCUCCCAACUCUUUGUCUCAGCCUGCAUGUAAAUGUGGAUUAUAAAUGCUUUAAAUUUCCAGUUUGUGGGUAGGGUUUUAUAUAUGACUGCAAAAUGUAGUCACAGACAGAGUUCAGGCUCAUGAUCUUUUAAGUACAAGAAAGUGGAAUCACAAAAUCUAAUUCUGGAAUUAGGCUCACUGUAAUUUACAGCUCCAGGCCCAUUAAGCCCCAUCCUGCUCUGCAAGGGUUUAGGGACAUGUAGUAAGUAUAUUUUUCCAUAAAAAGUAAUGACAGCUUGUACAGAUUGGCUUCUACCUUUAGGUUUUUAUUAAGAAUGAAUCUCUUGAAUGACAUAUUAACACAUGACAAUCUAAUGAUCUGCUGCCUACCCGUCAUACCCCUACCAUAUUUGUUAAACCAUCUAUAAGCCCCACGAAUCUUUCUUAUAACAGUUUUUUUUCCAUUAUUCACUAUCUUCAAAAAAUCUCAUGUAUUGCACGAAUACAGGUCUGCACUAUUAAUCCCAAAUUAAUUUAAUCAUAGUUAUGCACAUAAGUACGGCAAGGUAAAAGUCAUUUUAUUUUAUGUCUCUAUUACUUUGUCUCCAUUGUAUCGUCUUCCAGAUAUGUCCUCUUUAGUUUUCUGUUGUCUCUUCAAUCUUUCCCCUCCAGUAUUUUUUGCCCCUGACAUUUUUUCUGUGUUUGGUCUCUCUGUUUUCACAAUACCAGUCAAUGACAUUUAAUCUGUCCUUCAUUUCCCUGCAGGACUUGCGGCUUUGUACAGAAUUCUGUGCCAUUUUUAUCCCAGUUUUCUGAAGGUGACUUGGCUGAACCGCGAUCUACUUUUUACUCUUCAGUAACCAUUUGUUUAACUUGCUGCUCACUGGAAACUGGACUUGAGUUAAAACCUGACCUGAUCAACUGUACUCAUGGAGAAAGUUCUUUGGACUUUGCUUCUGCUUCCAGUCUUGACCCGCCAAAGUGGUGGUGGAGCUCCACCAAGACCAGAAAUACGUGUAGAUGGAGAUGUAGUAAUUGGUGGCCUCUUUCCAGUACAUGAAAAAGGAGGUCCUGGAGCUGAAUGUGGGAGGAUGAAUGAGCACCGUGGCUUGCAGCGUUUGGAGGCAAUGCUUUUUGCCUUGGAUUCAAUAAAUAGAGACCCACAACUGCUUCCAGGGCUCAGAAUAGGUGCACACAUCCUUGACACCUGUUCAAAAGAUACAUAUGCUCUGGAACAGGCUCUGGAGCUAGUAAGAGGUUCCUUGACACGAGGAGAUGGGCCUCAACACCUUUGCCCUGAUGGAUCCUAUGCUAUUCACGGAGAGACCCCAACAGCCAUCAGUGGAGUUAUAGGGGGCUCCUACAGUGAUGUGUCCAUCCAGGUGAGCCUAAAAUACCUUAUGUGUACACAAGAGUGACAGGCAGCAGGAUUGGUGUGUCUCAUUCACUUGUCACUAUAUACUUUCUUUACUCAUGUCUAGGUUAUAACAUCUAUCCUGAAUUCCAUAGUUGAAUUUCCCAUUGCCUGGUAUGGUUUGAGAUGUUAAAAAAUUUAAUCAAUAAUUGGCUGUGAUCGUAUUUUCCUCUAAUUGAACAAGUGGUUGAUUAUCGGUUUGUAUUAUUUUCUUGGCUACUACAUUUAAAAUAAUGUUAACAUCAUGCACAGAAGGUAAGGUCAAUGACCGAAAGGAUAAUGUCCAAUUAAGGUUUUUUUUCCUUAACUAUCAAAAGCAACAGUGGACAUACCCUGACUUCUCUACCUAAGUUAAGUUAAGUUAAGAUGUGUAUUUAUUUAUUUAUUUUUGUAAAAUGUUAUUUUUGCAGGUGAUAUACUUCAUUGUAAUAGUAAAAGUCUAAAAUGCACAUUUUGAUCAGUUACAAAAUAUUAACAAUUCUGUCGUAAAAAUUCGCCCAUUUUACAACAAAUGAAAGACUUACAUUAAGAGCCUUGUCUGAUUAACCAUAUACUUUUAUCAGGCUAUCUAUCAUACAUAUCACAGAGUAAAUAAAAAUAAAGAAAAGCGAACUAAAGGUGAAGGACAAAUAUAGACUAAAAAUUACAAAGGGUAUAAUGAGUUUAUGUAUUUUUUUGUAUUAGUGUACAUUUUAAAUUAAUAAUGUUACUUGAUAUCACAUGUAGCAAAUACAUUUAUUUUGUCCUGUAUUAUUAUUUUUUUUCUUAUGUAAUAAUCUUUAAAAGGAUUGGGCGCAUAUAGGAAGGGUAAUUAGGUAUUGAUUUGGAUUAUUGUAAUUACAUCAUCUCCCUUGUGUUUCCCACUUUGCCACCACCCACCUCCCUUGCUUCUCAAUUUCUAUUCUAUUCUUUUUUUUUCUUUUAAAUUAAAGUUUAUUGACCAGUUUUUCAAUAUAAAAAAAAAAAGGUCGAUGGAGCAUCAAAAUGGCUUUUAGCUUAAGCGAGCAAAAAUCGUUGCUUUUAGUAGAUAAUCAUGCAUGGGCAGAUUAAGGAAAAAUGGUGUCACAAGAAACUCCUAGCCAAUGAUUCCGUUUCAUGGUACUUUGAGAGAUUACGAGGUACUUUUUUUUACCUGGCUUAAUGGGCUCCCUGUGCCGUCGAGGAGGGAAUGUUUAGUGUUUUAGAACUUAAAUGGAACUCUGCCAUCUAUCCUGAUUUAACUGCAUAUAAGUUCUAUCUAACAUCCAUCCUAUCCAUCCAUGUCUAGCUAUAUUUUGCUUUUCUUUAAGCAUACUGGGCACAUAACAUUGUCAGAGAAGUUCAAGGAUUACUUAUUUCUAUGUGGAUGGAAGUUGGCAAAUCAUGACAUACCGUACUUUCUAAAGGUUUUGUUAUAUGUAAAUGUAAUGGAGGGUUUACCAAGAUGGCUGCCUUCAUACUGACAAACUCUUCAACCAUCACACAUUCAAAUUUAUAGGUCGUAGAUUUCGGGGGUUCUGGGGUAACCCCACCAGUGUCACUAUCCAAACAGGUUGUAAAUUGAACUGCCCAUGUUAUUACCAGUUUGGGUUUAAUUUGGUUUUAUAAUAGAUUUUGGCCUUGGAUAGAAUUUACCUUUGAUAGGAACGCGGCUUAUCGCAGAACUGAAUUUUAAUUGCCAAAUGUUUUGUUUGUUGUUUUUUUUAAUCCAUUUCAGCUGAUAUAGAUAAUAAUAUGCCAAAUCGGCAUUUAGUGAUUAGAUCCCUGUAUAUUGGAAAAUUGUGAAGCAAUUAGCAAAGCAGCAAUUACAUCUAAAGCAAUUAUAGUUUUGUUAGACAAAAUAUUUAAACAUUGAAGAUAUUGUUUCAAACUGAUUUGUAUCUCAAUUUUAUUCUGUCAGCUCUCUUUUUCAGCUUGAUUACACUCAUCCCCCUUUGCCUUUCUUUAUAUGUAUUUAUUAUAUUUUCUUCCUUGCACCAGAUAUUUGUUCUCCUCCUGUGAUGUCUGCAGUUAGUCCUUCUGUGGGAUUCUUUUGACUGGUGGAUUGUGGGUAAAUUACUAUGGCAACUAAAACAGAACCUUAGAGGACAACUGUCAUCAAAUUUUCACUUCUGGUUUCUUUAAGUGUAUUACUUUAAUUAAACUUAAUGAUUUGUUUUUAAAUCAUUUAUAUUGACCUUUCAAAGUAAUUUUUUUUAAACUUUUAGAAAUGAAAGUCAAAAAUUGAUGACAAUUGUCCUUUAAGCGUUGCCACCUGGCAAAGAUUGCCAACUAUCAUGCACUACAUAAGAACAAGUAGUUCCUAGGUGAAAUUAAAAAAACAAAAAACAAACAAAUGUGAGGGGAAAUAGAAGGAUAAAAAGGGUUCAUUUCAAAAUAAAAUUGCAAAGGGACAGUGCUGCUUUAAGGAAUCACUUCCUGAUACUGUUAAACGACGGCUAUGAUCCACAGUACCAGAGAUUAGAUUUCUUUGAGACAUAGCAGCAACAUUAAUAAAUAUGUUUUGUCAGCUUUUAAAAAAAUAAAUAUAUAUAUACACCAGUCAUAGAAUUUGGGUAUCGGUUUUGGAACUGGAAGGUGGAACAAGACCCUAAAAGAGGGACUGGCCCACCAGAAUUGGACCGUUAGGAGGCCUAUGGGACCUAUGCUCAGCGCAGAGCAGAGAUAUGGUUUGUGCAUGUUAGAGAGAGUUCAGUCCAAGAUGUGCAUGCUGUACACAAAGCUUGGACCAAAGUUGACAGUUCUAACAGACAAGGUUAGAGCUACAGUGAUUUUUGCAAUUGCUGCAGUUCCAAGUCAUGCUGAGAGCCGUGAGUGGACUGCAACAAUCCAAUUUUAUCAUAAUACAGUUAUAUUACGUAGGGUGUUUAGAGUUUAAAUGGUUAAAAGCUUGAGAGGGUUUAUAGUUGUGGUAUAAGGGCUGAUUAGAAUUAUUGGGUUAAGGGUGGUAUUACAUUUAGUAUUUGGGUACAUGGUGCACUUAAUUGAUUCAGGUUCAGUCUUUUAGUGCUUAAAUUUGUACUAAAGAAAGUUUUGAGAGGUGUUAAAUUUAGCAAAAAACAUUUUUGUAUGCAUAUAUAGUUUAAAUGGUUAUUUGCACAGUACUCACCCUCCUGUGAAUGAUAACAGAGAUGCAGGAGCUGUUAUACAGUGUGUGUCACUCAGUGCUAUCCCUGCUCCUCCUACAAGGCAUUUUCUGUGUGAGAGGCUGAUAGAGGGCAGAUGGGAAGUGAUCCCUUCCACUUCCUGUCCAGCCUCACACUCAGACACUGGAGGAGCUCUUACACUCUCUAUAACUGUUGCUGCAGGUCUAAUAUGAAGUAUAGGACUGGAAUACAGAGGACACCGGCCAAGGUUCCUCCUGGUACUUAUUUCCCCUCACCAGCUCACCUAACCUCCAAAAAGCUCAUUAUAAGUAAUGUGAAUAGGCACCUGUAGGCAGGUGCCUCCAGUGCUAAUGGGAAAUCCAUCCAUGCAAGAAAUUCCAACAAUGGCAAUGUAAAACAGAGACAAUUUCAAUUCUCUCUCAAUAAAUGUGAAGUCCUUAUUUGGUAGCAGGUGUAAUUUACAGACUGUUACUCACAUUUAAAUCUAAUUUUUAGAUUCUCAACAGAUGCGGCAGCCCUUCUAUAAUUUGGAAGGGAUGGUCUUCAGAGAGCUGCAUAUCCCACACGUUUGCACAGCAAUGUUUAAUCAGUAAGAAUAAAAUAUGGAAUUUCAUUGUUUAAGGUUAAUUGCCUUAUAAAUAUUAAGAGCCUCUGCCGGAAAGUGCUAUGUUUGUUGUAAGAAUAUAGAAGGCCUCAAUAUUGGAGUUAUUCCGCUCCUUUUCCCAACCCAGAGAAAGACCAGCAAAUCUGGCUCCCAGGCUAAUGACAAUAAGUCUCAGAAUAUAGCCAGUCUCAAGUCCUGAGCAUCAUGUGAAUUGUAGUCCAUAACUGUAAUGGAUGAUAAUCCUUUGCCUAUGGAAAGCUAGGCUCUUUUAUUACUGUAACAAGUUAUGCAAACGGUUCGGAAACACUCUGUGUGUAGGCAGCCUUGCUUGACCGCCUUGCCAAGCAGCCUACAAGCUGGCAUGCAUUGCGUGCCAAAUGACACACCCCUUUACGGCCAUGCACAUCACAGGCAGCAUACCACCACUUCACCCUUGCUUGCCAAGGCAUACUUUGAUAGUAGGAAAUUAAUGAUGCACGCUAGAUAAAGGCCUGAAACAUAUUACGCAGAGACCUGUUAGUGUAUCUUUCACUUGCUACUAGAUAUAUAGAAAGAACAGAAAGAGAGCAUAGAUUUGAACCUACAUAUACCGUAAGGCUGGUUAGAUUAUGCCAUAAACAGCUUGCUUUGUAAAUAGUGGCAGGCUUGUGCAAUGCAUGAUUAUAUUUUGUAAGUAAAUCUCAGUUAUUUUGCUAUUUUAGAUGAUUUUACAUACUUUACAGACAGUAGAUGUCUUUUUUUUUUUUUUUUAAGCUGGACUAUGCAAUUGUUUGCCACUGAAUUGUACCUUCUACAAUGGAUUGCACAAAAACAAAAAAUGAGGAGAUAUCUGCAUGGGAAUGUGGCCUUUAUGCCAGUCAGCUUCCCAAAUGUCAAUUCUUCAACAAGCUGAUCAGGCACCUGCAGGGAGUAAGGAGAUAACUGGCAUCAUAAUACAAUAUAACCCAUUUGGACAAGCAAGAAGAAGCCCAAGAGAGAGAUGUAAUUGUUACACUAUCAGCACCACUAGUUUUAUCACCUGGCCCAACUACCUGUUCUCCUGUACCAGAGUUCUCUUCUCCACUUGUACCAGAUGCUCUAUGCCAUCUUAUUCUGCACCACAAGUCUUUUGAACACCUGGCUCUACAACGCCUGCCCCUAUUUCACCAUUCUCUACACCACCAGCUGGAGACUCUAGUGUCGAUAAUCAGGCACACAGAGAUCACCAUCUCUGCAGAUUGCUGUCUGCUAAACAAAGAAAUAAUUAAAAUAUUUCUCUAACCCUUUUUUGUGUUAAUUAGAAUAUUCCACUACAGUAUUGUGCAAUGGCCCUGUCCUUUUAUUAAUGCAUUGCAUUUAAAAAAAAAAAUUCAGUGUUUACAUUGCAGGGUUAAAUCCACUUCUAAAAUGGCUUUUAUCUUUACAGCCACUAGAGGGACACUGGCCGAAUUAAAUGUGACUCAGAAGCCCCUCGGAAAGUUAUGAAAAGCUUAGAUACAUACGGCACUCGCCAAGCAUGCGCAUUAGGUCCCCAAUGCUUCUCUUUGGGGAACAUUUGAUUGGACCAUUAUGGAGGAGGCCGUGCCGUAAUGAUGUCAUGGGAGACAAUAAAGGUGAACAGUACCGACAGAGUAACCAUUUAAUUUAUUACUUUUUACAUCGCACGGGGGGUGGGGGGACCUAUAUAGAACUAGGGACAGAGACUCUAUAGCAUUUGAAAUACAGUUUUGUAUUCCCAACAUUAUAGUCUUCUUUUAACACUAAAAAAAACAACAUAGUUUAUAGUUAACUUGUGUUAAUACAAUUUAAUUUCCACUGGCUAUAAUUUGCAAUCUUCUUUUUCUAAUUUAAUUUUUUUGAGGUAAUUCAUGUAAAUGAGAAAAUUACAUCUGCACACCUUGAAAAAAGCCCUCCAGCAAGUCACACUGAAGUACAAUUUAAAAAAAAUUAAAUUAUUUGUAACUUAUUUACUUGGCAUAAUUUUUGCAUUUAAAAAGCAUUUCACCAGGAAAGAAAAUAGUGAGAUAUCUCUCAAUAUCUCUCAAUGUUUAAUCUGUGAAAAGCAUUUUUAAUACAUUUUUUUAAAUGGAUGCAUAUUUAAAGGGGAAGUGUCACUUUCCAAGGUGAUUAAUAUUAUGUUCGCCCUUCCCUAUAUUUAUCAAAAAUGUUAUAAAUCCUCUACGUUUGCAAUUGUGUGCCUUGGCUAUGCCUUGAUGGAAUUAUUUAAUAUUAUUUAUAAAGCGCCAACAAAUUCCACAACUCUGUAAAACAGGUGGACAAACAGACAAGCAUUUGCUUGCAACAAGACAAGUUGGACACACUGGAGAAGAGGGUGCUGAGGGCCCCGCUUAACAGAGCUUACAUUCUAAAUGGGGAAAAUAACAUUCUAAAGGGGUAAAAUAACACAAGUGGGUAUGAUGUAUUUCAAGUAGAUUGCGAGAGGAUUUUAAAAUUAAAUAAUAAUUUUUUGUUGUUGAUACAGUGGCAAGAUAGGAAGCAAGCUGUGUUACUAAGGUGUUGGGGGCAGUGGUGUAUUUUGGAUAUGUGCUGCCCUAGGCAGGACGAAACUCGGGCACACACCCCGCAUCUAAAUUUGCUCUGCGUCUACCUGUUUAAGACGAACACGUAGAUUGACUGACAGACACACACUGACACACCCAUUCACUGACAGGCACACACUCUCAGAUACACAUACAGAGACAUACAUUCACUGACAGACACACUCCCUAACAGACACACACAUUCACUCACCGACACAGUGAAAGGAACACUCACUUGGACACACAGUGACAGACAUGCACACAUUCACUGACAGACACACACAUUCACUCACAGAUAAACAAACAAAAUAUAUUUCCUUGCAAUAAGAGAAAUAUAUACAGGUGGAUUGGCGCUAUUAGUAAGGUGAAGAACAGCAACUACCCCGAAGUGCCAAAAAAUCACCAAAGGCACUAUACAAGUACAUAAAAGUGAAGGAAAGAGAGAAGGGGGGUGCUCAAAGAUAAUAAUACAAUAAUAUACUUAUAUCAGUACAUCAAUAAUUCAAUCAGUAUGUCACUGGAUCAAUCUAGAAAAAAUGAACAGAAUAUACAUAGCAUAAUACUGUAAGGAAGGAUUGUACACCAACAAUGCAGAGGUAAUGGGUCACUCACGAUAUGUAGAGCCUUAAAAAGCAGGCUCUAACUGUAAUAGUUUGUCAACCAGUCUGCUCCUCCCAGCUGUAUCAGCUUAUAAUUUCGCCAAGUACUUCCUUCCACCACACCACGACAAUCACAGCCGAAUGGAUAGGGAUAUAAAAACUUUUAUUCUGACAUAAAAUAAAAUAAACAGCAUACAAUGGUCACAACGCGUUCCGACUUUUCGUCUUCUUCAAAGGUGCAUAUGUCAUAACAGUUCCCGGCAACAUUUAAAUAGAUCCUAUUCGGAAAUUGAAGUUCCCGGGCAAAUUCUCCGACUUCCAGUCUUUUGACGCCGUCCGCUCUUUGACCCGGAUAAAGUCGUGUACAAACGCCAUUUUUGAAAAUGGCAUUUAGGUCCAUAUGGAUCCGCUCAUAUAAAAAUACAAUUAAUAAUAAAUGGUAAAAUACUUUUUAAGGCUCUACAUAUCGUGAGUGACCCAUUACCUCUGCAUUGUUGGUGUACAAUCCUUCCUUACAGUAUUAUGCUAUGUAUAUUCUGUUAAUUUUUUCUAGAUUGAUCCAGUGACAUACUGAUUGAAUUAUUGAUGUACUGAUAUAAGUAUAUUAUUGUAUUAUCUUUGAGCACCCCCCUUCUCUCUUUCCUUCACUUUUAUUCACUCACAGAUACACACAUUCACUGACAGACAUACACACACACACACACAUUCACUGACAGACACCCUGAUACUGACACACUCACACACCUUCAAAGUAUUAGAUAUAUUUUUAAAAUUUUAAUUUUAAUACACCUAGCCUCCCUACCUUUGGGAGAGCUGGAGUGGAUUCUUCCCUGGGGCCCAGCUGUGCUUGCUGGGUUGGCUGCAGGUGGCUGGGUGGCAGGACAUGCCGCUAGGCAGGCACACAGUUGUGGUAGUGGUAGCGAGUUAGCUGUAAUCCUCCAGCUCAGCUCUCUAGCUCGCCAUUCAGUGAUGCCGGGAGCCGGAGUGACAUUACUGCAGGGCGCGAGGGAGCUGAGCAGGAAAAGCUCAGAGGACCAUGCUCUCCCCUUCCCCCCACCGCUGCACUAUGAGCAUUUGAAAGCCUCAGGGGGCCCUGUGGUAGCCAGCCGGCCAGCUCUUGGGCUCCUCAUAAAAGAGGCUAACGGGGCAUCUGCCAGUGCGCUUAGAGGCGGCUAUUUUUGCCGCCCCCCUAAAAGUGCCAUCCAAGGCAAAUGCCUUGUUAGCCUCGUGGGAAAUACACCACUGGUUGGGGGAGAAAUCUGUUAGUAAGAAGAGGUAGGUAUAAGCAAGUACUAGAAUUUGAACACUAUAGUCAUAAAUUACUUUAGCUAAAUGAAGCAGUUUUAGUGUAUAGAUCAUUCCCCUGCAAUUUUACUGCUCAAUUCACUGUCAUUUAGGAGUUAAAUCACUUUGUUUCUGUUUAUGCAGCCCUAGCCACACCUCCCCUGGCUAUGAUUGACAGAGCCUGCAUGAAAAAAAAACUGGUUUGACUUUCAAACAGAUGUAAUUUACCUUAAAUAAUUGUAUCUCAAUCUCUAAAUUGAACUUUAAUCACAUCCAGGAGGCUCUUGCAGGGUCUAGCAAGCUAUUAACAUAGCAGGGGAUAAGAAAAUUUUAAUUAAACAGAACUUGCAAAAAGGAAGGCCUAAAUAGCACUCUCUUUACAGGAAGUGUUUAUGGAAGGCUGUGCAAGUCACAUGCAGGGAGGUGUGACUAGGGUUCAUAAACAAAGGGAUUUAACUCAUAAAUGGCAGAGGAUUGAGCAGUGAGGCUGCAGGGGCAUGUUCUAUACACCAAAACUGCUUCAUUAAGCUAAAGUUGUUCAGGUGACUAUAGUGUCCCUUUAAGCAAUAUUUCUUACGGGAAGCCAAUGUAAGAACUGACAGAUGGGGAAGGUGUGGGAAAACAGGAAUAUGAACAGCAUUCUUUUAGACUGUAACACGGCAAGCUGGGAAUGAAUAAGAAUAGUGGGAAACGGAUUUCAGUAGUCAAGAGGGGGUGAUGUUAGCGGCAUGGACUAUCACCUUUUAUACAUUUAGUAUUAGGUAGGGUUGGAAGUUAGCUAUGUUUUUGAGAUGGAGGUGGCAGGAUUUGGUUAACUGACUGGACAUGAGAGGGGAAGGAGAGGUUGGAAUCGAAGAGAACACCUAGGCAGUGACCUUGCGAGGUAGAGCUGAAGGUAGGGCCGUUAACUUAGAGGGAGGGAGACACGGGAGUAGCAGUGCUUGAUGGUGGAUAGAUGCAAAGUUCUGUUUUAGAACGGUUGAGUUUGAGGACAUGAGCAGCCAUCCAGUUAGAAACAGAAUGGAUUAUGAUGGAAUAUGCUAAAUAUUUGAUAUCCAUUUAAAAGAAAAUGGAGCAUUACAUGGAGAGGUUUAACACAAGAUAUAGGUGUUUUCAAUGUUUUAAUUAACUGAUAUAGAUUUUGGAAUUUGUCAGGGGUUUUUUUUUGUCCUGCAUAGCCUGGUAGCUAACUGAGAUUUGUGCAAUUUAUAUGCUAUUUGUUUUCCUUCAGAAUCGUUUUUAUUUAGUAAUUUAUAUUAUGUUCAUGUAACGUGGACUAUAGGAGGUGUGGGGCACUGAAGUGAGCUCAGGUACCAUAACAUAUUAUGGUAGAACUGUUCAUGAAACAAAUAAGAAGGAAAAAUCGUAUAUAUAUAUAUAUAUAUAUAUAUAUAUAUAUAUAUCUUUAUUGUAAUGGAUGCCUCAGUUUCAGUAGUUUGCAGAGGAGCCUGGAGGCCAGCCUCAAAAAUGUCAAUAAACUAUUUUAUUGUCGCUGUCUGGGAAGGAAAGACUGAACAUAAUUAAAUCAACCUGGGAGAACCGAGUUAACAGUUCAUACUCAGACUUGGUGGUGCUGGGGAGAGAACUGCUGUUGUUCUGUUAAUCACUCCCUGCAUAUAUAAUAUACAUUGUGCCCAGUAUAAAUAUGUGUGAGUUGGUGGAAUGUUUUCAUUCUUUAGCAAGUUUUGGCUGAUGUUUGGGUGAGUUGCUAGAAUCAGUGAAAGUGUAAUGCCAAAAAGGAGGGAGUUACUGAAGCUGAGUACUGAGCUCUGUCACAUGUAUGUUACUCAGUUUACUUUAUUUUAAUAUAUCAGAAUAUUAGUGCACCUUCCAAUUGUCCCGAAUCAGGACAGUCACAAUUUUGGGAACCGGAUGUGACCAGUGGCGUAUUUCCCACGAGGCUAACAAGGCAUUUGCCUUGGGCGGCAUUUUAGGGUGGCGGCAAAAAUAGCCGCCACCUAAGCGCCCUGGCAGAUGCCCUGUUAGCCUCUUUUAUGAGGGGCCCAAGAGGUGGCCGGCUGGCCACCAGAGGGCCCCCUGAGGCUUUCAAAUGCUCACAGUGCAGCAGGGGAGGGAGGAGAGAGCAUGGUCCUCUGAGCUUUUCCUGCUCAGCUCCCUCCCACCAUGCAGUGAUGCUGGGAGCCUGGAUAUGAUGUCACUCCGGCUCCCUGCAUCACUGAGCAGUGCGCGAGGGAGCUGAGCAGGAGGAUUACAACUGUGUGCCUGCCUAGCCUCACGCCCUGCCGCCCAGCCACCAGCAGCCAGCCCAGCACGCCCCACUGGACCCCAGGGAAGAUUCCACUCCAGCUCUCCCAAAGGUAUGGAGGCUGGGUGGAUUAAAAUUAAAAUUUUAAAAAUAUAUCUAAUACUUUGUAGGUGUGUGAGUGUCUCAGUAUCAGGGUAUCUGUCAGUGAAUGUGUGUGUGUGUGUCUAUCAGUGAAUGUGUGUCUGUGUCUAUCAGUAAAUGUAUGUGUGUCUGUCAGUGAAUGUGUGUGUGUCAGUGAAUGUGUGUAUGUCUGUGAGUGAAUGUGUGUGUGUGUUUCAGUUCAUGUGUGUGUGUGUGUGUGUGUGUCUGUGAGUCAAUUUGUGUAUCUGUCAGUGAAUAUAUGUGUGUGUGUCUGUGAGUGAAUGUGUACAUGUCUGUCACUGUGUUUCCAACUGAGUGUUCCUGUCACUGUGUCUGUGAGGGUCACUGUGUCUGUCAGUGUAUGUCUGUGAGUGAGUGUGCAUCUGUUAGUGAAUGUAUGUGUUUGCCAGUGUGUGUCGGUCAGUGAAUGUAUGUCACUGUAUGUGUAUCUGAGAGUGUGUGCCUGUCAGUGAAUGGAUGUGUCAGUGUGUGUCUGUCAGUCAAACUGCGUGUUCGUUUUAAACAGGUAGGCGCGGGGCAAAUUUAGAUGGGGGGAGGUGCACAAGUUUCGUCCUGCCUAGGGCAGCACAUAUCCAAAAUAUACCACUGGACAUGAUAUCCUUGGCUGGUGCUCUGUUGUGUGGUACACAAUUAACUAGAGUAGACUGUAGGCAUAAAAGGUCCUUCCAUACCUCAGUCCAAUUGAAAAGUUCAUAUACAACCGAAGGAAUCUGAUGCUGCCAUGAUAAAUAGCCAGGAAAAGAAAUGUACUGGUAAGUAUGAAAUAAAAUUUUGGUAUUCCUGGCUAAUCAUGGCAGCAUCACUUAUGGGUAUUACCCAAGCUAAAAUAUAAAAAGAGGGGGGGUAACAAAUAACCAGAACUCAAUAAUACUGCAAAAAAUACCCAAUAUUUAUUAUACAGAAGAAACAGAAGCCAAUACACAACUUAUAAAUUUAGUGGCAGAAGAGGCCACAUCCAGUUUGUAAUGCUUAAAGGGACACUCCAGGCACCCUGCCCAUUGGAGUGGUCUGGGUGCCAUCUCCCAUCAUCCUUAACCCUGCAAGUGUAAUUAUUGCAGCCACUAGGGGGACUUUCAGGUUCUUAAACGACUUUUUAAUCGCUUAAAUGACGCUGGACGUCACCUCCAGCAUCGCCGGAAUCCCCAUAGGUAAGCAUUGAAUAAUGCUUUCCUAUGGGGAGGUCUAAUGUGUGGCCAUUGCCGCACAUUAGGUCUCCACCACUGGCGGACAUCAGCGGUGGAGGAGCGUAGGCGGAGCCUGUUCCAGUGCCGAGGAACAUCGGCGCUGGAUUCAGGUAAGUGUCUGAAGAGGUUUUAACACUUUCAGCAACAUGGGAUGCGGGGCAGGAGGGAGGGGGGCACUGUAGGAUUCCCUAGUGCCAGGAAAAUGGGUUAUUUUUCCUGGCACUGGAGAGUCCCUUUAAUAAAAGGUCAUGGGAGAAGACCAAGUUGCUGCCCUGCAGAUGUCCUCUGAAGAAACCUUUGCCAAGUUAGCUGAAGAAGUCGCCAAGGAUCUAGUAGAGUGAGACUUAAUUUUCUCUGGAGGAAUCUAAUCCCUAAAAGUGUAAGCCUCUGCGAUAAUGUUAGAAAUCCAUCUUCUGAGUGUAGAAGAAGAUGCCACUUCACCUUUCCUGGAUCCAGCAGGAAUAAUAAACAAUUGAUCAGUCUUCCGACAAGACCCUGAAACCUGCAAGUAUCUAAUCAAACAUUCCCUUACUUCCAAAUUGUGAAGUUUAACCUCCAAUCCAGAGGAGGGAUCAGGACAAAAUAAUGGUAAAACAAUAUCUUGCAUAAGGUAGAAAAGGUAGAAACCACCUUAGGCAGAAACUCCUGUUUGGUUCUUAAAACCACUCUGUCAUGAAACACCUGAGUGUAAUUGACCUCGCAAGAAAAACCUUUAAUCUCUGACAUUCUCCUAGAUGAGUAAUAGCUAUCAAAAAGAGUUUCUUAAACGUCAGGGUGGUAAGGUCCAAUUCUUCUAGCGGACAACACGUCCAGGAUCAGAGGAAGAUCCCAUGGAGGUGUAAAAUUGCGUUUAGGAGGUCUGAUACGCAAAGUUGCCUUUAAAAAUCUAGUAAUCAAAGGAUUAGAUGCCCAAGACACAUUACAAAUGGCAGAAAGCGUAGAGCACUGAAUCUUCAGAGUACUCAGACUCAAUCCCUUAUCCAAUCCUACUUCCAGAAUAAAUUCCAGAAUAUGGUUUUGAGAAGGUUGCAAAAAAUCCACUUCAUGAUUAGUUGCCCAAGAUUUGAAGGUUGACAAAAAAUAAAAUUAGUCAGAAUGUAAAUUCCUGUUGUCCGACUGAGGACAGAAAAAGGACUGAGGUAUGGAAGGAGGAGGGACCUUUUGUGCCUCCAGUCUAGUUAAUUGUUUCCUGUUCUGAUCCGGCUGGGGGUGGAGCUACCUAUGAGUGAUGCUGCUAUGAUUACCCAGGAAUCAUUAUUUUUGCCUUUACAAAUAUAGCUUUGUUAGCAAGAUUUAUUAACCCUUUCAAGACAAAGGAAUAGGCAAAUUCUAUUACAUCCUGACAGUUCUGGCUCAUCAAGUGUCAUGAGAGGAAACAUACAAUGAAAUGUGGUGCAUUGAAAACCGAUUUGCAAAAUGUAUUCAUAAAUAGCAGAGUAAAUGUUAGCCUUAAUUUUGCUACUAGGUUUUGCUUCACUAAAAUUUUGUGUUUAUUAAUUGUCUUUAAGUUAUUUUCCAUAGCACAGAAAAAUUUCGGAAUUUAAUUAUACUUUUGCAAAUAUUUUAAAGAUUUACAUAGAGAAAAAAAAAAUAUUGAAUAUGCAAGCAACCAUGACUGUAUGCCAAUUUUUUAUUAUUUGCAUUUCAAAUGACUUGUCUUUCUUUUGCUUAUUUGUAUCUGCAAAAUUACAUUACAUGUAAUAGUUGGGCUUGUUAAAUUUAUCAACUAAACACAAAUCCACAUAGGCAGACAGACAGAUGGAUGGACAAAUAGGCAGACAGAUAACAAAUGUAAAAUGUUUACUUAUUUUUUGUGUGUAAAAGAGAUUCAAAGUUUUGUAUUUGAUAUUUUGCAGUACCUCAUAUUCAGCCUUUGCUGAAGGAGUUAAUAUGAUAAAAAAUGUCCUUGUAUUCUCAAACUGUGAUGGAUUUGAAACAAGAAAGUCCUUUUUUAUAUCGCAAUUACCAGAUUUUACUAAUUUCAUGACGUAAAAUCAUGAUUUUAUAAAGGACACAGAGGCGAGUAUUAUGCUUAUUCUCUUUCUUUAUUCCUCAGCAGCAAAAGAGAGAGAUAUUGUAAAUAUUCAACAAAAUUGAAAUAAUAACGUCAUUUACCUCAAAGGGUUAACCACAUAUAACACAUUAACCAAUGAGAGUGUCCCUAUCCUACUAAUGUCCUAUGUGACCUUAAGCCACUCCUCUUUCUUUUGAUGUUGUCGACGAACACUUCCUCAAACAGAAAAAAGAUGUAGUCAAUAAAGUGCAGAACCGUGAUUUCCAGAAAUUUAUAGCAACGGGCUCCGGAUGCAACAGGCAACCUUCUGCUUGAACUUGUAUGGGCAGGCAUGGACCAGAAUGACAACCCAAUUAGGAGGCUGUAAGACAAAGAAAUGAAAUGGUAAAAUACGUUCUUGGAUCUUAUUUCCAUAUUAUAUUACGAUCCUAUCUACCAAAACCCAAUUUGUCAUUUCAGUACUAGUCAUCAGGUGAAAGAACAAAAUCACAUUAUUACACAACCCGUGCCCCAUUACAUGACAGUAUAUUCACAGGGCGGGCGCAACUUACCUGGAUUGGGUGGGAUAAUACUCACCUCCGUGUCCUUUAUAAAAUCAUGACUUUAUGUCAUGAAAUUAGUAAAAUCUGGUAAUUUUAUUAGAGGACACGGAGGCUCCUAUUAUGCUAGUUCAAGUGGAAAAAUUUGAAAUUGGUCGGAAAUAAAAUUCUCGGAAUGUAGAUUCUCUGGACCAAUCAGCUGCACGGAGGAGGUCUUCUAGCCUACAACCUACAGAAAAGGCUUUUGAUGCCAUAGCACCCCUUACUGAGUGUGCUCCAUACAUGGAGGUAUCAAUGCCCGCCGACUCCAUGAUCCAUUUAACCCAGCGAGAUAUGGUAAUAGUAGAAACCGGAAUCACGAAUUGAGACGGUCCUUGCCUCAUAUUCCUUGAGACAGGCUACUAGACAUAAAUUAACGUUAUGUGGAAAGGCUGGGUAGAAGACUGAUGUAAUGGAUGUCUUCGUACGUCUCGAUGUGUUGAAGGAGACACCUUCUGGUGUAAACGAGCGUGCUGGGAGGUCCAGUGCUCGGACAUCUGAGACAAGUUUACAGAAGAUUAGACACAAUAGCGUAACCAACUUAGCAGUGAGCUGCUUGAUCGAGAGUUCCUCAUUUCUUGGCGAAUUUUCAAAAAGUCAGAGAACUAGGCCAACAUCCCACAAGGUUGCAUAUUUAGGUCUUGGUGGGCGUGCAAACUUGAUGCCACGUAGAAGUCGACACACACUGGGUGCUUUCCUGCUUGGAGUCCAUUCCAGCCUUGAUGGCCUGCCGAAAUCGCUGAUCUAUAUAAGUUGAUUGUAUGAUAUGCCAGACCAUAGUCGUAAAGCGAAGUCAGGAUACUCAGAACCUGACUCACAUUUGCAGAUAUGGGAUCCACGUGUUGUUCCAUGCACCAACUAUUCCAUUCUUUCCAGGCAUGUAGGUACGACUUCCUUGUUCCUGGGGCCCAAGCUCCUGCCAGGAGAUCCAGAGUUGCCUGUGGAACAUUUGGGAUGUAGCAGAGUCCCCUGAGAGGAGCCAUGCCAAGAGCUUGAGAUGUCCCUGAAGUAAAAAGGGGGUGUGAGUUCCCGUCGGAAUUCUGUACGAGGUCGGUUGUCACCGGUAGUAAUCUCGGAAGAUCCAUGGACAUUUCCAUGAGCGUAGGGAACCAGGGCUGAGAUGUCCAAAAGGGGGUUAUGAGGAUCAAGGAGGUUCGGUGACAUCUCAGAUGCAGUAGAGUUCGUGCGAUGAGGGAGAAAGGAGGGAAGGCAUAGUGGCGGGUUUUAGGCCACGGUUGGAGGAAAGCGUCCAUCGCCAGAGCUUCCGGAUCUGGCCUCCAGCUGAAAAUUUUUGGCAAAUGUGUGUUCAAGUGUGAUGCGAAGAGAUCGAUGUCCAGGGGGCCCCAAAGUGAUUGUAAUUGGCUGAAGAUGACAGGGUUCAUCUGCCAGUCGCUGGCAUCUCGUAGGUGUCUGGAAUUCCAAUCCGCCACUACGUUGGACAUCCCCGGAAUGUACUCUGCUUGUACCGAAAUGUUCCGGUCCAGACAGAAUUGCCAGAAAUCUUUCGCCAGUUCUGCUAGUAUUGUUGACCUGGUGCCCCCGAGGUGGUUGAUAUAUCGGACCUCUGAUAUAUUGUCCAUGGGUAAUAGAAUGGAGCAGUUGGUCGCUAUACAUAAAAGACUCCGUAGAGCAAACGAUCCUGCUAGCAGUUCGAGGCAGUUGAUAUGUAGUUUCUGUUCCUGUAGGGACCAUUUUCCUCCGGUGGAGAUAGCUCCACAGCGCGCUCCCCAGCCGAGCAUGCUUGCAUCGGAUUCCACUAUGAUGUCUGGGGUGGUUCCGAAGAUCGCUCGGCUGAGUUCCUCUUUGGCGGUGCAGUCGAGAGGAACAGAGUCUGAGUAUGAGUGCUUUGAGUGAAGAUAUUUGGCUUUCAGUCGUUGGAGUGCCCUGUAGUGCAGAGGCCCAGGGAAUAUGGCUUGGAUUGACGCUGAGAGGAGGCUGACAAUCCUGGCCAGUUGUCGCAAGGUAAGAAUGGGACGUGCUAACGUCCGCCUGAUUUCCUUUUUGAUGGAUUUGACUUUGGCUGUUGGGAGUAGGAGUGCCCCGUUCACAGCAUCUAUAGUGAAAUGUUCAUGGAGCAGAUGAGGGUCUUGUGCCAUUAUGAGGAUAUCAUCCAGAUAUAUUAUGAGUCGAACUCCUCUGCUGCAUAGGAGGGCGACCACUGGUUUCAUGAGCUUCGUGAAGCACCAUGGUGCCGACGAUAGGCCGAACGGUAGGCAUUUGAAUCGCCAUAAGGUCUCUUUCCAUUGGAAUUGUAGGAAGUUUUGGCACUCUUCAGCCAUCGGAACCGUGAGGUAUGCAUCCUUCAAGUCGAGCUUUACCAUCCAGUCCCCUUUAAGCAGGAGAUCUCGUAGAGAGUGGAUACCUUCCAUCUUGAAAUGGUGGUAUGUGACAAACAUGUUUAGGGGUCGUAGGUUGAUGACUGGACAGACGCCACUGCCCUUUUUGGGAACCAGGAAGAGAUUGCUUAAGAAACCCGGUGUGAGAGGGUGGACUUCUGCAAAAGCGUCCUUGGAGGCUAAGGCUUGGACUUCUUGAGAUAUUAGGUAUUGGUCGUAAGUGGGAAACACCAUGCGGUUUGGGGGUUGUAUUUGAACAGGGUAGUGUACAAAAUCUAUAGAGUAUCCCUGAACAGUGUGAAGGAUCCAUGCAUCUGCAGAGAGAUUGCGCCAUACAGUGACAAAAUUACACAGUCUGCCCCCCACCAUAGUUAGUGAAGCCAGAUGCCGAGGCAUAGAACCUCUGGGUCCCCGAGACUGCCAUGGUCUUCCCCAGACUGAGAAGAACGGUGUGGUAGUUCUGGGUUCAGGUGCUGUAAGCCUGGACUGUAUGGGGCCUCGGUAGCCCCAAUAUGAACCCCUGGGGUGCUUGGACGGGCAGACGGCCCCGACCAAAAACUCUCUGGUGGAACACUUGUUUCAUGUUGGCCUGAGCUUUAUCAAGUGCCGUAAAGGUGCCUACAUAUGUGCCUAGCUCUUUAAUAAAAUUAUCUCCAAAUAGGAGGGCUUUUGCCUGGGGUCCAGGCUCAGAAAUAGCUAGGUUCACUAGCUUAGCUUCUAUUUUUAUCAAGAUUGCCUUGCACCUUUCUGUGGCUACCGCCGUAUUGGCGUUGCCCAACAGACAUAUGGCUCGCUGGAUCCACCCCCUGAGUGCCUCUAAAUUCACCGCUGUACCACCUGUUAUUGUGCUUUCAACCAUGUCGAACAUUUUUGCAAAUGGCCCUAGGACAUCCAGGACCUUGUCCUGACAAUUCCGCCAGGCAAAAUCCAGGCCCUUCUUGGCUUUCCAGCCUGAUUUCCCUAAGAAUUGGGCAAUUUUUGGGUCUACGUCAGGGGUGGUGCAUGCCAUAUCAGGAAUAGUAGGGCGUGGGCAUUCCACCGGAGUUUGCUCCGUGCCACCUUGUCGAGUGGUUUUCUAAUACGAGCAGCGAUAUAUUUCGCAACGUGCUCUAGGGGAUACCACUCGCGGAUCUCGGGUGUUGUAAGGUGUUGGGGUCAAAAACUGGCUCACCUUGAGGAUCAACCAGGGCGGAGUCGUCUACUCCAUCUUUGGAGUCUGCUCCCGCUCCUGUCACAGAGCUGUGCUCAGGGAGAUAAAAGCUGGGAUCAUAAGAGUCCUCCUCAUCGGAUUCGCUCUGUGCCUCCUCUUGCUCCGACUCAGAUUCGGAGGAUUCAAUCGCCAUAAGGUCUCGCAGAGUUUAUGGUGCCUAAACUCUAGCCCUUUUCCAAUUCCUCACCGAUUUUGCCUGGUGGGGGGCUCUUUGUUGUGGUUCAACCACAUGAUCUGUGACAGGACGUACCCUGUCCGUCUGUAAUGUUUUGGAGGCAUUUUCGUCCAGGUGGUGGGACUUUUUGAUGGCUUUACGCCCUCUAGGGGCUACCGGAUUAUCCUCUGGGGGGUUAGAAGUGGAGGAUUUCAGUGCCUUGGUAAUUGACAGGGAGAUAUUGUCUGAUGUGGCCCCCAUAGCGGUAAAUAUAGCCUGUGUCACGGACUUCGUCAUAGCCAUGUCCAGGAGGGAAUGCAACUCUUCAGAGUCCAUUUGCUCCUGUGGCCCUUCAAUCGUUAUGGGAGUUUUGAAUUUUGGGAGCGGUUUAGGGGUUACGGUGACGUUGGUGGCAGAGCCAGAAAUAUCACUCAUUUUAUUUGAUUGCAUGGACAGGAGGAAAGGAUUAAAUGACCGACAGAUAAAUAGUUUUAUCCUUAACUGGGCAUUACUAUCUGUGGACUAGGAGUGUGACAGUUUAGCAGGUAGCUAAUUAAGCCAACAGCUGGAGAGGCACAAGCUAUUUAAGCAAUACAGCUUUAAGAGGCACAAGCUAUUUAAGCAAUACAGCUUUAAGAGGCACAAGUUAAACACUACUCAAAGUUGCAUAACAAGGAAAAACUAGGCACAAUUAGAGCAGUAGAGCAGGCUCACCGAGUGUUCCCUCAGGAAUAAGGUCCUGGGGAGCACCGGUGACGUGCCUAGUAACACAGAUAUGUUCCCGCCCCCAGGUGAGCGUAUUGGCCGCGUUAGGAAAAGCGCGGCAAAACCACCAAUAAAAAUAUGGCCGCCUCGAUGCGCAUUCGCAAUGUGCGCAUGCGCGAGCGGCACUUAGACGCUGCUAACGCCGGGAACCGCCUGGACCGCGGGAAACGGUACCCGGUGCGAGGAGGGAGCCUCGGGCUGAGGUCCCUUCAAGGCAGGAUGGUAAAAACGUGGUUGGAAGAUAAUCAAACCGAUCAGGUGACUGAGGGAAAGCAGGGGUGAGGGAGGAAAAGCAGGGGUGAGGGAGGGAAAGGGGGAAAAAACAGUAAUAGAACAGUAAUUAAAAAAACAAUAAUUUACCACAAAAAAAGGACAAAUAAGGCAUAGAUAAUGCAACAAGGUUUAAUUAAAGGCAAAUGUACCCAAACUAAACAGAGAUAAAUAGAUAAUUUUCCAAAUAUGUAGAGAGAUGUAAAAUUGUACUUAGCUGAGGAGGUAGCAGCAAAAGAAAGAGGAGUGGCUCAAGGUCACAUGGGACAUUAGUAGGAUAGGGACACUCUCAUUGGUUAAUGUGUUAUAUGUGGUUAACCCUUUGGGGUAAAUGACGUUAUUAUUUAAAUUUUGUUGAAUAUUUACAAUAUCUCUCUCUUUUGCUGCUGAGGAAUAAAGAAAGAGAAUAAGCAUAAUAGGAGCCUCCGUGUCCUUUAAUAAAAUCAAAUUUUAUUAGUCCCCAUGGACUUUCUGUGGCUCUUAUAAAAUAACCUAGCAUUUAAAGGGACUCUGCAAUAAUGCUGAGCGUUGAGUUUCUGAUAAUCUGGAAACAGAAGCUUGGGAAUUAAAGGAAUCUAAAAAAGAAUUUAAAGUAAAUGGAAGCACUUGCUGACUAUUCAAAUAGAAACCUGCCAAUUAAAAAAUGAUGCCAUUUUAUGUUAAGAUGAAUGUAUGUCCAAACACCCACAGAGUAAUGAGAUUCACAGCAAGUAGACUGAAACCUGUUAUUAAAUACUUAAUAUACUCCCGGCUCACUUAUGUUAAAGGAACAUCAUAACAACUUCAUCUCUAAACCAGAAGGCUGUUGCAGAAUCAAGACGCUUUAUGAAUGGGGAUUUGCUGAUUCAGUUGACGGCUCUCAGGCAAUCAGCAGCGCCCCUGCCCAAUUUUGCUCUGAAAAAAAAAAGACUUUGGGAUUAUGCCAUUUGAGAGCGGUUUAAUCCCUUAAGGUGACAGCGACACACUGGAACCAUAACAACUUCAUUUCAAUCAAGUUGUUAUGGUGCCUAAACUGUACUUCUAAGUACUGUUCUGUAAGACAGUUUAAAUGAGGCAUUUAAUAUGCUCCAAACAACCACUUAGAGGCUUGUAUUAUAAAUGUAGGAAUGGCAAAUUAUAGUCCAGAAUAAUCACACGGGGAAAAAAUAGCGGAUCCAUUUUCCAGUUUGGCAUCUUUGGUCUAAAACAUGCAAUUCCCUCGUCAAUUUCUAAACUUCACAUGCUGCAGGAUUCCUCCAGGAUUAAUUAGUGGAUUUGAAUGGGGCAGUAUUUUUCUUGUGCUUCCCAUCCAUGCAUAGACAUGUGUCAAGGAAGGCUGCCAUUCCUGUCUAUUUAAAACAUCCCUAUGUGCAUUUCAACUUCUUCAUUUGUCUCUCAGUCUUCUCCCAGUAUCACUCAGCCCCUUAUGCCAUCAACACCCUCCCCCCUCGUCCUGUGUAUCUCACCUCAAAAUCAUUCCGUCACCCUUUCUCUCUGUCAGUUGUGUCUGUUAUUUCAUAAAGUGAGAAUUCAAAGUGAAAUCAAAUUGAAUUUCAAAUUAAAAGUGAAAAAAAGCUGAACUGCAAACAUUCUCUAUACCAGCUAUGGUUCCAGUUUGACUAUGUUGGCCUGUGAUUUGAAAUUCACUUUAAAUUCUCACUUUAGUAAAUGUAUUUAUAAAAUAUGUUACCAGGAAGGAUACAUUGAGAUUUCUCUCGCUUUCAAGUAUGUCCUGGGUCCACAAAACACUGCAUUGAUACAUUAGGGUAUGUUGUGGAUCCAAAUAUUGAGCUUUGUUAUAUUCAGAGGAAGCCCAAAUUGUUGUUACAAGUGCACUUGGAGAAGCGAGAAUUAGACACCAGACACCUGUUGGUAUUCAAAAUAAGCCUCUGCCGUUUUAUUCAUCAGCUGGGUUUUAUACAUUAAAAAGUAAGUGCUUACGUGCAAAUACUCAUAGAACAGUAAUAGGAAGGGAGUACAGAUAAGACAUAGGGAUGAACGUCGUGUACACAUAACAAAUAAGUUCCAAGUUAAGAAAGAACAAAAACAUUAGAGAAGAGAAAUCUCAGGUGGGGGCUCUCUGCUCCCGGAACUAGACAUAUAUGGUCUUAAGUGUCGUGUUAAGCAUCAAGCAUUUCCUGAGUCCAAGUUAGCCAAUUUUAAUAUAGGAUAUCAUUAUAUGACACCUAUAAGCUUGAGCCUUGGAAUCAAGAUAAAUUCUAUCACAGGUACAAUAAAAUACAAAAUCAAUAUUAAUACACAAUAUAUACAAAAUUUUACAUAGAACAGGUAGGAAAUAUAUAAUCAACCAUGACAGGUGCAUUCUGUUUUGAGAUAUGUAGAGAGGGAUCUCUUAAAGGACUUUAGGCUUGGGGAAUAUUUGAAAUAGCCCUGUUGCCAGUAUCAUCCUUGCGCUGGAGCAGAGACCCAGUACUCAAGUCGUUAUCUGUUUGUUACCAAGAGCUCAAGGGCUUCUUGCAAUUCAACAACUGAAAUAUUCAAUGUGGAGAGGGUGCGGGUUAACCAGUCAUUGCUGGAGAACUUUAUGUAUGCCUCCCAACUGUCCCACUGAACCUGUCUAUCUGUACGUUUAUCACUAAGUUGUGUGUUUGGCUUUUUAGGAUUGUUCAGGAAUUACCAAUUGAGCAAAACAGCCCCAAUUCGGGGAUUAUUGAUUUUUUUAAAACAUCUUUCCUACAUUUGAUAGGGCAAAUUUGAGUUUAGUAAGUAACCUCUGUGUUGCUAGGAUACCAUAUUUUGUGGCUUUGUGUCGAUCUGCCCCUUGGGCUUUUCCAACAUCUCUAUUUUAGCCUUAACUUGCAAUAUUAUUGUCAAUUACACACAGUUCCCAGUGCGAUGACUAACUCGGCUGCUCAUUCAAGGGUAUUGGCAAACUCCACAGAGACCCCAGAUUUGCAGAAUUCUGUUUAUAUACACUGAACAAAAUUAUAAACACAACUCUUUUGUUUUUGCCCCCAUUUUUUAUGAGCUGAACUCAAAGAUCUAAGACUUUUUCUAUGUACACAAAAGGCUUAUUUCUCUCAAAUAUUGUUCACAAAUCUGUCUAAUUCUGUGUUAGUGAGCACUUCUCCUUUGCCAAAAUAAUCCAUCCACCUCACAGGUGUGGCAUAUGAAGAUGCGGAUUAGAUAGCAUGAUUAUUGCACAGGUGUGCCUUAUGCUGACCACAAUAAAAGGCCACUCGAAAAUGUUUUACUGUAUUGGGGGGAGUCCAGGGGGGUCCGAAAACCAGUCAGUAUCUGGUGUGACCACCAUUUGCCUCACGCAGUGCAACACAUCUCCUUCGCGUAGAGUUGAUCAGGUUGUUGAUUGUGGUCUGUGGAAUGUUGGUCCACUCCUCGUCAAUGGCUGUGCGAAGUUGCUGGAUAUUGGCAGGACCUGGAACACUUUGUCAUAUACGCUGAUCCAGAGCAUCCCAAACAAGUUUAAUGGGUGACCUGUCCGGUGAGUAUGCUGGCUAUGCAAGAACUGGGAUGUUUUCAGCUUCCAGGAAUUGUGUACAGAUCCUUGCAACAUGGGGCUGUGCAUUAUCAUGCUACAACAUGAGGUGAUGGUCGUGGAUGAAUGGCACAACAAUGGGCCUCAGGAUCUCAUCAUGGUAGCUCUGUGCAUUCAAAAUGCCUGUGUCCAUAGUCCAUAACAUACACCUGCCCACACCAUAACCCCACCGCCACCAUGGGCUACUCGAUCCACAAGAUUGACAUCAGCAAAUCGCUCACCCACACGACGCCAUUCAUGCUGUUAGCCAUCUGCCCUGUAUAGUGAAAACAGGGAUUCAUCCAUGAAGAGAGCACCUCUCCAAAGUGCAAGAUGCCAUCGAAUGUGAGCAGUUGCCCAAUCAAAGAAAAGAAAAAGUUACCUGCGCUCUUUCCUUAAUCCCUAUGUAUAUUUAGACAAAUGGAGGUCAUUUAGUUGCUCCAAUGGCCAUUGGAGGGAAUGCCCGCCUGCAGUGGCGUACACAUGACCCAUGGGGCCCCGGUGGAAAAUUGAUCCGUGGCCCCCCCCGGCGCGCGGGCCGGGCCGCAACACAUGGCGGUGGGCACCUGGUCGCAGGGGUUACAGGGCUGCGACCCCUGCGACCGCGGUAUGUACACCAGUGCAUGCAGAUGCACACACACUUAAAGGACCACUCUAGGCACCCAGACCACUUCAGCUUAAUGAAGUGGUCUGGGUGCCAGGUCCAGCUAGGGUAACCCAUUUUUUCAUAAACAUAGCAGUUUCAGAGAAACUGCUAUGUUUAUGAAUGGGUUAAACCUUCCCCUAUUUCCUCUAGUGGCUGUCUCAUUGACAGCCACUAGAGGCGCUUGCGUGCUUCUCACUGUGAUUUUCACAGUGAGAGCACGCAAGCGUCCAUAGGAAAGCAUUAUGAAUGCUUUCCUAUGUGACCGGCUGAAUGCGCGCGCAGCCAGCCGACGGGGAGGAGAGGAGGAGGAUCGGAGGAGGAGAGCUCCCCGCCCAGCGCUGGAAAAAGGUAAGUGUAACCCCUUUUCCCCUUUCCAGAGCCGGGCGGGAGGGGGACCCUGAGGGUGGGGGCACCCUCGGGGCACUAUAGUGCCAGGAAAACGAGUAUGUUUUCCUGGCACUAUAGUGGUCCUUUAAAGGACCACUACAGACACCCAGAUCACAUCAGCUCAAUUAAGUUGUCUGGGUGUCAGGUCCCUCUAGUUUUAACCCUGCAGCUGAAAACAUAGCAGUUUCAGAGAAACAGCUAUGUUUCACUGAGGGUUAAUCCAGCCUCUAGUGAAAGUAAUGCUUUCCUAUGGGCGGUUUGAAUGCGUGCGCGGUCUCAUUCGGAGCUGAGAGGCUGAGGGAUCCCCAGCGCCAAGGGACUCCGGCGCUGGAGAAAGGUAAGUGCUGAAGACACACACACUCUCACUUACAGACGCAUACACACUAGCUAACAGAGACACACUCACACACAAAACAUACACUCUCAUUGACAAACACACACUCACUAACAGACAUCAAACAGACUCACUAAGACACACACUCUAACACUCACACUCACUCUAACACUCACUCUAACACUAACACUCACUCUAACACUCACACUCACUCUAACACUCACUCUAACACUCACACUCACUCUAACACUCACACUCACUCUAACAUUCACUCUAACAUCCACUCUAACACUCACUCUAACAUUCACUCUAACAUUCACUCUCACUCUAACACUCACACUCACUCUAACACUCACACUAACACUCACUCUAACACUCACUCUAACACUCAAACACUAACACUUUUUUUUUGUUUUUUUUAAUUUAAUCCCCCCAGCCUCCUUACCUUUUGAAGUGCUGGGGGGAUUCCCUGGGGUCCAGUGGUGCUGCUGCUGGGCUCCUGGGCGGGUGGCCGGUCGGGCAGGCAGGCGGGCGCGCGAGGGAGCACUCAGGGGAAGAGGCUGGCCCUGUGGCUACAUACCGGGUCGCAGGUGCGGCCGGGCCCCCUGGUGGGCCGGGCCCGGUCGCAGCCGCGACCCCUGCGACCGUGGUAUGUACGCCACUGCCCGCCUGCCAACGUCAAGGCAGACCCCCCUAAGCGGGUCCUAACACUGACCCUUCAGCCUGCUUCCUUGAGCUUCUGGCAAAGAUAUCUCUAAUGAGACAGAAAGGGGUAUUUUUUACAUACACCCCUAUAUACUUAUUAACCCUUAAUAGGGAACACGUGGGAUGGGCGGCAGCAUUGUAACAAGGCUGUGUGAUACAAAGUAAAUACAAAUACAAAAAGAGAAGUCCUGCGCUCAUUCCCAUCACUACUGGGCCGGUAGCAAUGACUACAGUACACAUCCGCCCAUGUGUUCCCUAUUGAUCACACACAACACCACUCACACACCUCUACACCUCACCUUACCUAAAAUGAAGAUGACAAUUAUACCCCAAUCAGAGCCAAUGGUCGGGCAUAACCAACAAGACAGAAUAGGACCACACCCUUACGGGGUUGACGCAGCUCCAAAUAUAUAUGGGGGGGGGGGCCUUAGGUCCAAAACAUGGGCAAAUGCACAAAAUCAGUCCAGUGAAACGGUGACAAACUCCAUAAGACCUACGGGAGUGGAAAGAGGUCAUGUUGGAAUCUACAAGCAGAGGCCACAGGCUAAAACACUCAGAGAGAUACACUAGCUACACCCGAGAACCUCACGAGAACGCAUGCCACACAAACUUAAUGCUCAUGAUCUUGCUAUGAUGGUGAACUGCGUGUCCCACCUGAUAUACCCUACUGCUAUAUGUAUCUAUUGUCAAAAUCUUCAAUAAAAACAGAUUUACAAAAAAAAAGAAAAAAAAAAGUCUUAGAUCUUUGAGUUCUGCUCAUGAAAAAUGGGAGCGAAAACAAAAGAGUUGAGUUUAUAAUUUUGUUAAGUGUAUAUAUCAAUGUCUGAUAAAAUAGGAAAUAAAUGGUGCAAAUGUCAUACAAAGUAUGGAAUUCCAAUUGCUUUCAAACAGCAAUCAUUUACAAAACAACCUCCAAAGUGGGAAAGAUGCUGCAAAAUUCAAAGAUACUAGUAAUAUUUGCUGUUCAGAUACAGCUACCCACCUGCUCUAUUUUUACAUUUCACAACACUGUAUUUUUUUUUGCAGGAAUUGGAGAGUCCAUAUUGCCAGAUCCUUCCUAAACUAUAGGGCUGUCUAUUCGCUUAGCCAGCCGGCAUUUACUAAUAUGGGGAAAUAAGUCAGAAAAUUAAAUGCUGAGUGAUCUAUCUGAAACAUUAUUAGGGCCUGUUUGGGGUUUUCUGAAAUUAAGGUUCCUAAUUGGAACUUGUGCGCACCAAUUCUGAAGCAGUCUGGUGAAUAAAGGGGAAUUGUAAAUCUAGUGAUCCACCUCUGUAAUGUAUCCUUUGAAUUACUUUAAUACCUAUAAAUGAUUAUGCCUUUAUGAAAUCAGAACUUAUUGAAUAACUCUGAUUUUGACCAUAUUUCAAACUCUGUUUAUCAAAAAGUCUAUGUGCCAUAUUGCAGGAACAUCUUGCAUUCUUUUUUAUGUCUGUUUCUGGUUUCAACUGGUUCUUGUGUUCUUUCUGUCCCUACUAGGUUGCCAAUCUUUUGCGCCUCUUUCAGAUCCCGCAGAUAAGCUAUGCCUCAACGAGUGCCAAAUUAAGUGACAAAUCCCGUUAUGACUUCUUUGCACGCACAGUACCACCAGACUUUUACCAAGCCAAAGCCAUGGCAGAUAUCCUAAGGUUCUUCAACUGGACUUAUGUAUCCACAGUGGCAUCAGAAGGAGAUUAUGGAGAGACAGGUAUUGAGGCAUUUGAGCAGGAGGCACGGGCUCGGAAUAUCUGCAUAGCCACUUCAGAGAAGGUUGGACGUUCCAUGAACAAGAAGACCUUCACAAGCGUUAUUCGGGCACUGCAGCAAAAACCCACUGCUCGGGUAGUUGUCCUCUUUACCAAGAUUGAGGAUGCUCGAGAGCUUCUGGCAGCAGCUCAACAACUAAAUGUGUCCUUCAUGUGGGUGGCCAGUGAUGGCUGGGGAGCUUUGGAGAGUGUGGUGUCUGGGAGUGAAGAUGUGGCAGAAGGUGCUAUCACUCUUGAACUUGCAUCAUACCCAUUGUGGGAGUUUUCAGAAUAUUUCCAGUCACUGCACCCGUACAACAACACACGCAAUCCUUGGUUCCGGGAAUUCUGGGAGAACAAGUUUCAGUGCCGGCUUACGUCACCGGACUGUGCGGUACAUUCAUUGAGGAAUGUGAAAUUUGAACAGGAAUCCAAGAUAAUGUUUGUGGUGAACGCGGUGUAUGCUAUGGCUCAUGCCAUGAACAACAUGUACCUAGCUCUAUGCCCCAAUGUCAGUCAACCAUGUGCUGCCAUGAAUCCAAUAAAUGGACGACGCUUUUAUCGUGACUAUAUCCUUAAUGUAAAGUUCAGUGGUGAGUAUAAAAAAAUAAAAUACUGCAUGGCAAUCAUUUUUCAUCAACUGGUUUUUAACUCAUAAACAUGAUCCAUGUCACCAUAAACUCAUAUGGUGGAUAUUUAAAACAUGAUCCAUGUCACAGAGUAUACACUGGACACUUAGGAAGCUGCAAAGCAUUCAUUGUUAACUUAGGUAUCCAUGUGUUUGUAAAUUGUAUUUUGUUCAUCUUCCCUUUACUUAAUAAACAGCAUGCAAAAUGUAGCUUAAAAAUAUCUGGGUGCCAAAGUUUGCCUUCACUGCUUAAAGGACCACUCUAGGCACCCAGACCACUUCAGCUUAAUGAAGUGGUCUGGGUGCCAGGUCCCUCCAAGAUUAACCUUUUUUUUUAUAAACAUAGCAGUUUCAGAGAAACUGCUAUGUUUAUAAAUGGGUUAAUCCAGCCUCCUCAUUGACAGCCGCUAGAGGCGUUUGCGUGCUUCUCACUGUGAUAAUCACAGUGAGAAGACGCCAGCGUCCAUAGCAAAGCAUUAUGAAUGCUUUCCUAUGAGACCGGCUGAAUGCGCGUGCGGCUCCUGCCGCGCGUGCGCAUUCAGCCGAAGGGGAGGAGAGGAGGCGGAGAGGAGGAGGAAAGCUCCCCGCCCGGCACUGGAAAAAAGGUAAGAUUUUAACCCUUUCCUCUCUCCAGAGCCCGACGGGAGUGGGACCCUGAGGGUGGGGGCACCCUCAGGGCACUAUAGUGCCAGGAAAACGUGUAUGUUUUCCUGGCACCAUAGUGGUCCUUUAAUAGAGUCAGGCAUUUUUAAAGGGAUUUAAAAGUGGAGCAAUCACCAUGGAAACCAGUGAAAUGGUCCUGCUUAUUACUCUACACCAUGAGCAGCUUUAAAUAUCCAACUCCUGUUGUUUGAGCCAACUUAGAUGAAAUACUAUUUUCUUUUGAUGUUUCUAGAUUCACUUUGCAUUUUAUUGACAUUGGCACUGGGAAACAAAGUGCAGAUAUGUAUAUCUUUUCAUCUAUAGUCUUCUUUUCUAGUUAUUUCACUCCUUUGCCAAGCACUCACAUUUGGAUGCCAGAUCCACUCUAAAAUACAUUUUCUGUGACUUAAUUUGCAACAUGGUAAAGAAUCUCAUAUGGCGUAUAUGUUAGAAUUGUAUUUCUAGCACUUAGAGGCUACAAUUUACUCCGCUGCUUCCCAUUGGUUGCAAUCUCACAAAAGCUUACAUUGCCAAUGGUUCUUAACCCCAUCUAUGACAGAUGGCAUGAUAGAAUGGCAAUGAUGUCAUUGUAUUUGCCUAUGCCCUGGUUGUGAUGGGGUUAAAGUAGUAAAAUAAGAUAUUGCACACCUACUUCUGGUUACUGUGCUCUUAAAAGGCAAUCCUUUAAUACUUUUUUCUAUAGAUUUGCAAGCAUUCCAUAACUUUAGCUGCAUGUGUAUCUUCACCUGUGUAAAUAAAAAGCACCAUAGCCAUAUAGCCUGGACAUACUGCAUUUUCCCUUUUGCUUCAAUAAUAUAGUUACACAGGGUGUUCUCGGUAAAAUGCUAUCAACUAAACUACAACUUUCAAAAACCUGUUUUUUUUUUUUUUUUUAUAUAUAUACAGAAUUUGUUUUUUUGCAUAUAGUUUCAAUGCAUUAUCCACAUAAGAAUUGGUCAACUGCAGCCCUCAGAACCCUGUAAACCUUUAUUAUGUAACUGAGGAAGUGAUUUGUAUACAUUUUACCCUCCUUGUUAUAUUCUGUGUUAUUGACAAAGCAUUUUUUUUCCCCUCUCUUUCUUCCACCCUAGCCCCAUUUCCUCCUCCGGACACCCAUAGCACAGUUCGAUUUGACAAGUUUGGUGACGGAAUAGGUCGCUACAACAUCUUCAGCUUUCAGAACACAGAUGGUCGGUUUCAUUAUAAAAAAGUAGGUUACUGGGCUGAGGAGCUGACGCUCAACACAAGUCUGAUCCCGUGGGCACGUAGUGCAGUGCCUGUGUCCCAGUGCAGCGACCCUUGCAAAAAGAAUGAGGUGAAGAGCAUGCAGCCAGGAGAUGUCUGCUGCUGGAUCUGCAUCCCAUGCCAGCCCUAUGAGUUCCUUCUGGAUGAGUUUACCUGCAUGGCUUGCGAGCUGGGGCAAUGGCCCAAUACUGAGCUUAAUGGCUGCUUUGACCUGCCCCAAGAGUAUAUCCGCUGGAGGGAUGCAUGGGCAUUGGGGCCAGUGUGCCUAUCCUGUCUGGGUUUACUUUCCACCCUCUUUGCGGUUGGUGUUUUCUUACAGAACAAUAAUACUCCAAUUGUAAAAGCAUCUGGACGUGAGCUCUGCUACAUCUUGUUGAGCGGGGUUCUCCUCUGCUAUGCCAUGACUUUCAUCUUCAUCGCCAAACCAUCUUCUUCUAUUUGCACCCUACGGCGCUUUGGACUUGGCACCUCUUUUGCAAUUUGUUACUCGGCCUUGCUCACAAAGACCAACCGGAUCGCUCGUAUUUUCAAUGGGGCUCGAGAUGGAGUCCAGCGCCCACGUUUUAUCAGCCCCGCAUCACAAGUAGGCAUCUGCUUGGUCCUAAUCUCCUGCCAGUUGCUUGUGGUGGUAAUCUGGUUGCUUAUAGAGCCACCAGGCACACGAAAGGACACAGCCCCCGACAAACGCUAUGUGGUGACCUUGAAGUGUAACAGCAGUGAUGGGAGCAUGCUAGUGUCGCUAUCCUACAAUGUACUUCUUGUCCUGCUUUGCACAUUUUAUGCUUUUAAAACACGCAAAUGUCCUGAGAACUUUAAUGAAGCCAAAUUCAUUGGCUUCACUAUGUAUACUACAUGCAUUAUCUGGUUGGCCUUCUUGCCUAUCUUCUAUGUGACCUCUAGUGACUACAGGGUAAGAACUCUUUACCAAAACGCAAAAAUUCCAUCUUCUUAUAUCAUCAUCAGCAUCAUCAGGCAGUGCUCUGCCUAUAUCAUACAUCACCCAUGACUCAUCCACCCAGGUCAGGGCACAAGCAGCCUCUGUUUCAUUGUUAUCAUGAAAAUUCUCACUCGCAAAAGUCUCCAAAUAUUGGCCACCGUGUUAUGCACAAAUAUCAAAGUCAUACACACAGCAGUUAUAACUUCUACUAGUCAUCAAUAUUAAUACAGACUCUGCAGUAUAACGAACAUGGUUUAAACUAUGCCGACUGUAAUUUUAUUAUGUAAGUAUUUAUACAUGGGCUUUCACUGUAGAAGUCCUAACUAGCUUGUAGGAGCUAUGCGCAGUGCUCCACUUAAAAAGUAUGAAAGGGACAAUAUCAGUAUCAGUAUCAGUUGUAUCAAAAUUGCAGGGUAGAACAUUGUUUUUUUUUUAUUCUUCUUUUUUAUUUAGAGAUGGACAUCUUAAAGGGACACUCCAGGCACCCAGACCACUUCUGCCCAUUGGAGUGGUCUGGGUGCCAACUCCCACUACCCUUAACCCUACAACUGUAAAUAUUGAAGUUUUCAUAAAAACUUCUAGUGGCUGUCUACACUUUCUUGAAUUGUGGUGUGUGUAGUUAAGUGUACACCCAGGUCUAGCAUCAUCAUUAAAGGAUAGAGCUGCCCUUUAAAGGCACAGAGCCAACUUUACCUGGAGAAAGGUUUUUGUUGGCUCCAUUAAAGGUGAGCAGUUUUCUUCUUUAUUUGUACCAAUAUAUCUAUUAAAAAUACUGCACUAUUGUUUUUUAUUUUUCCUUUUGAAGUAUACCAUAUCUAGGAUUCAAGAUCUUAAAGGGACAUUCUAGGCACCAAAACAACUUCAGCUUAAUGAAGCAGUUUUGGUUUAUAGAUCAUGUCUUAUUGUAUAAAUUUUCUGACAUUUAGGUGUUAAAUCUCUUUGUUUACGCAGCCCUAGUCACACCUCUCCGAAUAGGGCUUUCACAGCUUUCCUAAACACUUCCUGAAAAGAGACUAAUUUUAAGCUUCAUUUCCUGAUCAAACAUGGCAGCAUUUACUCAAGGGUAGCCCUCACCCUCACAGCAUAAAGGACAGGAAAUAUAACUCUGAAACUGGUAUAAAUAGAUCCACCACUCCCAUCAGGCAGUCUUUUUUCCUGUCCUUCACAGCAGUUUGGAAGGAGUCUGCGUUAGCAGGCCUAGAUUUAGUUUUUAUGCUCACCAGGCAACAACCUGGGUCCAGACUCUAAUCCCUGAAAACCCAGCAAUUGUACAUAUGUAAGAGUUGCCUCCCUGGGCACCCCCUUUAGCGACUGAGGGUCUCACCUAACUCUUUACCUGAAGGGAUGGAUGACAGCGGUCUACAGGAUAAAUAAGCAUCUUUCCCUGAAGACCCAGCAAACAGAACUUGCAUACUUGUGACCACCAUGUCUGGUAUCUGUUUUAAGCUUUCUUGGCCUGGUGAGCACCCCCUGUGUAAUGAUCAGGAAAAUAAAAUUACAGUCUGAAACUAUUUUCCUUAUUGCACAUUCUGUUUAAUUUAGAAUUUCAUAUCACCUGCUUUGUUAGUAGUCUUGUAGUCCCCGCAGGAGCCCCUAUUGUGUAAUUAAAGUUCAAUUUACAAAACAGGAGAUAAAAGAUUCAAAUAGACUGUGCGAGUCACAGCUAGGGCAGGUGUGGCUAAGGCGGCAUAAACAGAAACAAAAUUGAUUUAACUCCUUAAUGGUAAAGAAUUGAGCAGUGAGACUGCAGGGGCAUGAUCUAUACACUUAAACUGCUUCAUUAAGCUAAAGUUGUUUUGGUGGUUAUAGUGUCCCUUUAACGACAGAGACUUUAGAGAUCAGAGCCAAUCGAAAAAUGGCUCUACCAAAUGUGUCUUACGUAGUGAUGUGGCGAACAUAUGCGCUGUUUGGUCUGCCCCCUAUUCGUCAUCAUUGAGUAAACUUUGACCCUGUACCUCAAAGUCAGCAGACACAUUCCAGCCAAUCAGCAGCAGACCCUCCCUCCCAGAUCCUCCCACCUCCUGGACAGCUCACUAAGAAUGCAGCUUCACAAUGGAUGCUGUCCAGGAGGAGGGAAGGUCUGGGAGGGAGGGUCUGCUGCUGAUUGGCUGGAAUGUGUCUGCUGACUGUGAGGUACAAGGUCAAAGUUUACUCAAUGAUGACAUAGGGAGCGGACUAACAGCGCAUAUGUUCGCCGUCCGCGGCGAACCGUUCGGGACAUCACUAGUCUUACGUGUUCUGCACUUUGAGCAAUUAUCCUACAAUAUUACAUAUACAUUUUGUACAAGAAAGUACACCCCCUAUACAUAUAGAGAGAGAGAAUGAAUGUUUUGUUUUAUAUAUUUGCAAGGGAUGUUCUCCACUUAUUGUGUAUUACAUAAUUUAUUAAGUUUCUCAAAGUUUUACUUGGGACAGUUGAACUAUAAAUCCUCUUGCUUUACCCAUAAAGUUCUGUUCAGCAGUGCAAUCUAUAUAAAUUUAGCAGAGCGUCAUGAUUUCAUGGCCGCAUCAUGGUCUGCACAGAACUCACUGCCAACGCUGCAAUGUUUGGGUUAUUCCAUCAAACACAUGAAUUUAAAAAAAAAAAAAAUUUAAAGUGUGCAAUCUAUAUAAUCCAUUUUUUUAAAUAAAGAAUGAGCUUGAAUUUGGUUUAACCUGUGAUUAUAUUUGUCACCACUGGGAAAUAUGUUUUCUCAAUUCUCUACAUUUCUCCCCAGGUCCAGACCACAACACUGUGUGUUUCAGUAAGUCUGAGUGGCUCUGUGGUUCUCGGCUGCCUCUUCACUCCAAAACUGCACAUCAUCAUGUUUCAGCCACAGAAAAAUGUUGCCAGCCACCGCACUGCCACAAACCGCUACAGCGCCACAGGAACAGGAGUGCAACAUGGUUAGUGCCACAAAAACUCAGCUCAAGGGAAUAGUUGCAGUUUAUAAUGUCUUGGCCAGAAAUAAAUGAGGAAGCUAUAAUCCUCUACUGCCAACUAAUCUGCCACCUCAGGGAGACCAGAUAAGUUACAUACCAAGGAGCAUGGCUUGCCACACUACAUUAGUAUUGAUGAAUAUAAUCAGAGCUCAAUCCAUGCUGCUAGAGAUUGUUCUGCAUAUUAAUCCCCACUGUGGAGUUUCUUACUCUACUAAGAAACAAACCAGUUAGUGUUGCCAAUGCAGUCUGAUUAUUGCUUUCUCCAGAGGCAGAGAGGCUGAGCUCCCUCUGAUAGAACAAUUUUAAAAAAAGGUAGUGAGCCCAAAGAAACAUUUUAAGACUUAAACCAUCCCUGCCGCUCAGCUAGAACAUGAAGAAAAAAAAAUGAAUAAAAAUGUAGGUGUGAGGUUGCAUUUAUUAACUAUUCUUAAUUUUUUAAUUGUUAAUUAACCAUUCCUGUCCUGACAGCUGGGGAGGAGCGGUCAAGUGAUGGUGCCAUGUUUAACCAGGAACGUAAGUUUAAACAUUAGAUCUCUCUUUACAAGAAGUGUUUAGGAAGGCUGUGCAAGUCACAUGCAGGGACUAUAUAAACACAGAGUUAUGAGCAGUGAGACUGCAGGGGCAUGAUAUAUACACCAAAAUUGCUUCAUUAAGCUAAAAGUUGUGUUGAUCUCUGUAGUAUCCCUUUAAACUGACAAUUGCUGGAAUUCAGAAUUGUUAGAGAAUUAUAUACAGUACAAUUCUUUCAUUAUGGCUUAAAAUGUGCGAGUCCCUUCUCAGCUCUCUGCAAACUGUCUGAUUUAGUAAAUAAUCCUGUUUAUUGUUAACCAUAAGAAGCGUUUUUCAUUUUACUCUGCAGUUUAGUACAUAAACCCCUAUCACGAUAAGUAAUACACUGGAGAUUAAUAUCUGUAAUAAGAACAGCAAAAUAAAGAUUUUACACAUUCAUUCGGAUCUGCAAGUUAUGGUACCACCAAACCUUCUGUAUUGAAAAAAAAAUUAAAAAAUUUUUCGUUGUUCAUUAGAAAUUACAAUGUAGGGACCCAACCAGAUCAGGAUCCCAUGGAUAGAUGUGUGAUGCAGUGGAACACAAAUGGUCAAGGAUUCAUUGUUUAAAUAGAAACAAAAAGCUGUUCAAGAGUCACUGCAAUAGCUCCAUGCAUAGGAAAUGUUUUGGGAAAAUAAAUAUAUUGGUUUCAGAUCAAAUGGACCAGACCUGAAAUAAGGAUUAUCCGUAAAUUCUUGUUUUUGUGUUCAAGCAGCACAAAUCCAGAAAUAGAACAACAAAGUAGGGCAAUGAUGACAAAGUGGGCUUCUCUAGAACAGAAAGCAGGCCAGAUUUCAUGGGGGUAAACCCAAGCAAUUUGCUUUUACGUCAACUAAGCUAAUAAUUCCUAAAUAUGCAUCUUAACCUACCACCAGGAUUGAAAGGGUUAAGCAACGGAGGAAAAAAAAAAAAUCAGGAAGAGAUGACCAAUUUCAGAUGUUCCCCAGCAAGCCUAAAAGCACAUUAAUUUAUCUUCUGCAAAGAAAGAAGAGCGUAGAACAAAACUUUCACAUACAUUAGGAGCAUCAUUUUAAUGUGAAGAAAUGCAGUUUGAAUGCCUUCCUCCCCCUCCUCUUUCCUUUGUCAUCUCAUUUUUAACCCCCUGCCCAAAAGGCCCCCAGGGACUAUUUUAAUGGCUUGAUUGAGAUUCAGGUCCCCACAGGAGCCUCUGGCUGGCCAUUAACCUGCAAAGAAUACACAGACUCACUAACAAGGGAGUUAACAGACGGCUCAUUAAUACUACCCCCUGCUGUUUCACUAAAGGAGACAGAUUUUCAGAAUGCUGGGUGAUGUAGCAUCCACAGUCUCUAAUCAUCAAUUCUCUAAAAAUAUGGGACCCUCAGUAGAAGACACAAAUUUGUUUGGUGUGCGUUUGUCUAAAGCCAUUUUUGUCCGUAUUAAUUCUAAUAUAUGCAUUAUUCAUCUUUCCAGGCACAGCCGUGCAGUAUGUACCAACUGUGUGCAACGGGCGCGAAGUAGUGGACUCCACAACCUCAUCUCUGUGA